CGCCCUGGUCGAACAUACGAUCGGUUCGUGUCGCUAGUCGGUCGCCUGCGAGUGUACUGCUCCAUUGGAGUCGGGUGCAGUGUUGUGAUAGUGCGAUUUGAGUCAUACAAGUUUACCGUGUAUCGCUGCAGAAUAACACUAUCGGCCGUGCUCGGAAUCCGCGGAGGGACCGUUCGCCUGUGAGGGAAGGCGGACCGCUCGCACCGGGAGGAAUGAGCCCCGUACUCUACUGCUCCUACACAUACCGAUGAUCUCAAGAGACAAUGUACAUAGAAACCCUACCUCUUGUGGUCUGGACACUCUUAACGACCGCGACACAUGUAGCGACGCAGAACCAAUAUGGAAUAGGUUUAGGAAUAAAACGAGAAGUAUUUUUCUUAAAUUUAGAAGACGGCUACUUUGGCUGUCAAGUUAACGAAUCGACGCAAUUAUUACAAUUAUAUGAAUUAUCAAAAUUAUGCGACGGUGUGCCAGACUGUUAUAAGGCAUCCGACGAACUAAGAACGGAACUAAAAUGUUCUGAUACUUGUACCAAAGAAGAUGGCGCUCAGUGUAUAAAUGGCGCUUGCCUAAACGGUGUCUGUUAUUGUAAUGAUGGUUUUGGUGGCUGUAACUGCCAAGAACCUGAUAUAAACGAAUGCAAAGAUAGGCCGUGCGACGUUUUUGCUCACUGUACAAACACCGUUGGAAGUUUCCAAUGCUCAUGUUUUCCAGGAUACGUUGGCGAUGGAUUUACUUGCAAAGACAUCAACGAGUGCGAAGAUCCGGCGAUUGCUUCACGUUGCGUUGAGAACGCAGAAUGUUGUAAUUUGCCAGCUCAUUUCAUCUGCAAGUGUAACCGAGGAUUCGAAGGUGAUGGCGAGGAGGAAUGCCGAGAUAUAAAUGAGUGCCAAAGAUCUGGUGCCUGUGGGGUAAAUGCGGUUUGUCAUAAUUAUCCAGGAAAUUAUACGUGCGCUUGUCAAGCAGGUUACACCGGAAAUCCCUUUGAUGGAUGCGUAGACGUUAAUGAAUGUGCCAACGAAGGAGCUUGUGGUGUUGGAGCCAUUUGCAACAACGUCGAGGGCGGCUACGAAUGCAGCUGUCCGCCGGGCUCCGAAGGGGAUCCUCGAAUCGCCUGUCAGUCUAACGACGAAUGCUCGAGAACAUCUUGCGGCCGGGACGCCCAUUGCGAGAAUUUGCCCGGGUCUCAUCGUUGCGUUUGCCCACCAGGUUUCCAAGGCGACCCCAAUGUGCAAUGCACUGACGUGGAUGAAUGUAAGAAUGCCCAAGUAUGCGGACCACAUGCAGUUUGUACGAACACAUUGGGUAGCUACGUUUGCACCUGUGAGCCCCAGUACACAGGAGAUGCCAGUUCGUCAGCUGGCUGCUACGAUAUUGACGAAUGUAAAACAAUUGAGAAGCCUUGUGGAUUGUUUGCUAUAUGUGAAAAUGCAGAACCAGGUUACAAUUGCGUAUGCCCUCAAGGGUAUAGAGCGAAACCCGAUCCGCAAAUUGCCUGUGAGCAGGUGGAUGUAAAUAUAUUAUGCAAAUCCAAUUUCGACUGCACAAACAACGCUGAAUGUAUAGAAAAUCAAUGUUUCUGUAAAGAAGGAUUUGAAGCAAAAGGUUCUACGUGUAUAGAUGUCGAUGAAUGUAAAGACAAAACUAAAUGUGGUGUUAAUGCUAUGUGCGUCAAUACGCCUGGAAAUUAUAAAUGUGAAUGUGCAUUGGGAUACGUUGGAGCUCCACCAAAAAUUGCAUGUAGAGCCCCAUGCGAAGAUGUUAAAUGUGGCGAUCAUUCGUUUUGUAAAGCAGACGGUAAUGAAGCAUAUUGUGUAUGCGAAGAAGGUUGGACUUUUAACCCUACUGAUAUAUCAGCUGGAUGCAUUGAUAUUAAUGAAUGUGACAUCUCACUCGGAUCCUUUGGAGGUUGUGGUAAAAAUGCCGUUUGCUCUAACACACCUGGUAGUUUUAUAUGCCAAUGCCCAGAAGGUUUUACUGGGGAUGCCAAGAAACUUUGUACUGACAUAGAUGAAUGUCAAAUUGAUAGCUCAUGUGGAAUUGGAUCGGUUUGCAGCAAUCAACCGGGAUCGUACUCUUGUCACUGUCCUGAAGGAUUUUUGCCAGAUCCCGAGCCACAUAUAAGAUGUUCUGAAAUCUUAACAUGUAAAGCAAAUAAAGAUUGUCCUGGAAAUGCUUUAUGUGACUCGAAUUCAAAGUGCUACUGUCCCGAUCCAAAUAUUGGUAACGAAUGCAGACAUCCCUGUGAAGCUCUGCAAUGUGGAAGUAAUUCUGAAUGUCUUUUGAGUGACCAAACAGCUCAAUGUAUUUGUCAAGUAGGAUUCACAGGAAAUCCUUUGUCUGCUGCUGGCUGCCAAGAUAUAAAUGAAUGUCUGGGAAAUCCAUGCGCUGAAGGAGCAGUUUGUAAAAAUCUUCAAGGACAUUUUCAAUGUGAAUGUCCGAGUGGCUUUAACGGCGAUCCCUAUUUAAGUGGAUGUAUUGUAGGCAAUAAACAAAAUUCAUGCAACCAAGUACAUCCAUGUCCAGUUGGAGAACAAUGCAUCUUGCAUGGCAACGACAACGUAUGUGUUUGUUCACAAGGAUUUUCACGUAACAAGGAAACUGGUGUUUGUGAAGAUAUUAAUGAGUGUAUUGAACAAGGUCGAAUUCCAUGUGGUUUAAAUGCAAUUUGCAAAAAUUUGCCUGGCAGCUAUGAAUGUAAAUGCCCGGCAGAAUACAGCGGUAAUCCCUAUCAGCUUUGUGAAAUUUGUAACGAUAUAAGUUGUCAGUGCCAACCUCCCUAUAAAGUUGUCGAUGGGAACUGCGUUUUAUCUGGAUGUUCUAAUGAUAAGAAAUGUGGCAAAGGAGCAGAAUGCAUAAUAAUAUCUGACGGUUUUAGCUACUGUGCAUGUCCGGCAGGAUUUUUUCAAAAUCCUAAUGGGGAGUGUGAGGAUAUCAACGAAUGUAACUUUGGACAUCCUGUGUGUGGCUUUGGCGCGGAAUGUUUUAAUACCCAAGGAUCAUUUGAAUGUAAAUGUCCACCUGGUUACGGCAAAGACCCAAUUUCAGGCCAUUGCAGUCUGAAUCAAAAACGAUGUAUAAGUGACUCAGACUGCUUUGCUAAUGAAAAAUGCGUGCAGCCUGGAAACUGCAUUUGUCCUCCACCAUUCUAUUUGGACGUCGAAGAUGGACAAAAAUGUAAGAGCCCGUGUGAAAGAUUUGUUUGUGGCAUAAACGCAAAAUGUACACCCAGUGAUCCACCAAGAUGUAUGUGCAUGCCUGGUUUUGAAGGCGAUCCAUAUACAGGUUGCACAAAUAUUAACGAAUGUCAUAGUUCACCCUGUGCUUAUGGAGCGAUAUGUCAUGAUGAAAAAGGAGGAUAUAAAUGUAGCUGUCCCAUAAAUUACGUCGGGGAUCCGUAUAAGUCUGGCUGUACUACUGAAGAACCAAUUUCUCAGAAACAAUUAUGCAGUCUUGAUGAUCAGUGCCCAAAUAACUUGGCUUGCAUUAAUCAAACUUGUGCCUCACCGUGUGCCUCUGUAUCUUGUGGGCCUAAUGCAUUUUGUGAAGUCGAUAACCACGCUGGCUGGUGUCGCUGUAAUCCAGGAUACACAAAACCGGAAAGUGGCAAAUGUAUAUCAGGAUGUGACAACUAUACCUGUGCCCCUGGAGCGCAAUGCAUAAUAUCAAAAACUGGUCCUACAUGUGUUUGCCCAGAGGGAAUGGCUGGAAAUCCGUUCCCAGGAGGAGUGUGUAAUAGAGAUUUAUGUGGACCGGGUGUUCCAUGCGAAGAUCAUCUUACAUGUGUUUCUGGACGUUGCCGACAACGCUGUGAAAAUGUCGUGUGUGGUGUUGGUGCUCAUUGUAACGAGGAAAGUGGGCGUUGCGUUUGCAAUACCUUUUUCGUUGGCAAUCCUGAUCUUUUGUGCAUGCCUCCGGUGGCACCUCCAAGUUGUGAACCGGAAUGUGGACAAAAUGCUCACUGCUCAUACGGACAAACAAAUGUAUGCAAAUGUGAUAAAGGUUACACGGGAAAUCCUUACACUAAAUGUUUAAACAGAAAAUACAUAACGUGUGCAAAAAAUCCUUGUGGAGCUAACGCUGUAUGUCAACAGACUAAAUCACAUGUUGAAUGUUUGUGUCCUCCAGGCUAUGUUGGCAACCCGAAUUUACAGUGCAUUGAUAUAGAUGAAUGCGCUUCACGACCAUGCGCGGAAAACGCUUUAUGUAUAAAUACUCCUGGCAGUUUCAGUUGUAUCUGUAAAAGUAAAUAUGCCGGAAAUCCCUAUGAAUUAUGUACUCAAGUCACUAUAUCAAAAUGCGUUAAUGGAGAUAUAUGCACAUGCUCUCAUAAUUCCACAUGCCCUGACGGGUACAUUUGCGAGAAAUCAAGAUGCGUCGAUGUUUGUCGAUCUACUAUAUGCGGUCCUAAAGCAGUUUGUGAAGAAGGCAGAUGUAUAUGUCUUCCAGGUUAUACUGGAAAUCCAAAUGAUUUGGAGAAAGGCUGUGGACUCGAUGAUAAAUGUGUUGUCGAUGAAAAUUGCAAAGACUCUGAUAUUUGUUUUCAAGUUAGUAGAAACAUCCGAAAAUGUGUUGAUUCCUGUAGUAAAAUACAGUGUGGUCCAAAUUCUCUAUGCGUUAGUUCCAAUCAUCAAGCUAACUGUAUUUGUACAGAGGGAUACAUCGGCAAGCCUAAUGAUAUUAAAUUAGGCUGUCACUUAAAGCAAAAUGAAAGAAAUGAAGUUGAAUGUAAUGUAAAUAGCGAUUGCACAGAGCCUAAAAUUUGUGUUGCAGUCGAUGGAAUAACAAAUAGAUGUCUAGAUUUAUGCUCUACUGUAGCUUGUAGUGCCAAUGAAGUUUGCAAGGUUGUUAAUUCAGCUCCUCGCUGUGACUGUAAGGAUGGGUAUUUAUGGAAUCCUGUGAAUUCUGUUUGUGAACAACCUAGCACAUCAAAUUGCGAAAAUGAUGAAGAUUGUGAUGAUACAAAAUCAUGUCAACAAGAUGCUCUCGGAGUAAAAAAAUGUAUUGAUGGUUGCCUCGUAUUUAUGUGUCCGGAAAAUUCUAAUUGCAUUUCUCAAAACCAUAAAAGUGAAUGCAAAUGUAGUCCUGGAUAUAUUGGAAAUCCUAAUAAUCGCGAUGGAUGUGUUUCCCUCAAUAAAGAUGACUGCUCAGAUGAUAGCCAAUGCAAAGAAAGCGAAAUAUGUAAAAGUAUUGGAGAUUUAAGAAAAUGUGUUCCUGCUUGUCAAGAAGUAAUUUGUGGGCCGAAUACUAUCUGUGUUACAAACAAUCACGUUGCUCAAUGUCAGUGUCCUAUGGGAGCUUAUACUGGUAAUCCUAAUGAUUUAAAAUUAGGCUGCCAAUCAGUGCCCUGUGUCUAUAACAUCGAUUGCCAAUCACAUGAAAUUUGCAAUCGUUUAACAUAUAAAUGUAUCAAUGCCUGCAAUGAAGACUCGUGUGGUGAAGGCGCUGUUUGUUUAGCAGACAAUCACAAAUUUAGCUGUCAGUGUCCAGCUGGUUAUGUAGCAGAUCCCUUGCCAGAAAUAAGUUGUAAAAAAUUAGACGUGUGUAAUCCAAAUCCGUGCCAUCCAACUGCAGUUUGCGAACAACAAGCCGCAUCCUACAUUUGCAAAUGCCCAGCGGGGCAUGUAGGUGAUCCAAUACAGGAGGGAUGUAGGAAGCAAGAAGAAUGUCCUAAGGGAAACAUUGAUUGUCCGCGCGACUCUACUUGUGUUAAUGGACGUUGUAGAAAUCCUUGCGAAGGUGCAUGUGGAAUUAAUUCCGUUUGCAAAAUUGUGGACAGAAAGCCAAUUUGUUUUUGUCAAGAAGGGUAUGAAGCAGUUCAUCCAGGAAUUGAUUGUAAGAAGCAAACAAUGCGAUGUGCUGAGGACAGAGAUUGUAACGGCGAUGUUUGCCAUAAUCAGCAAUGUUUUUCAGCCUGUAAAAAUUCUAGUAAUUGUGAUGAAGGUGAAAGAUGUAUUAAAAAUUUAUGUAUAUCGCAAUGUAGCAGACAUUCGCAAUGCAGCGUUGGACAGGCUUGUAUAGCCGGUCAAUGCCUAAUUGGAUGCAGACAUAAUGAGGAUUGCGAUGAAGAUGAAUCUUGUGUUAAUAGUCAGUGUGUAAAUUCUUGUCUUGCAACGAGAGCUUGUGGACCAAAUGCCAUAUGCUCUAGAAUUAACCAUAGCACGAAAUGCGAAUGUCCUGUAGGGUUUGAAGGAUCUCCUACGCCACAGCAAGGAUGUGUUCGUAAACCAGCAGUAUGUAAUCGAACUUCAGAAUGUCCACCAGAUCAUAUGUGUAUUGGACGUCUGUGUCAAGUUCCCUGUAAGCAUAACUCUCACUGUGCUAUAGGCGAAACUUGCAGUGACAAUAAAUGUCAUAAAGUUUGCCAUACAAGUAGUAAUUGUCUGCAUGGCGAAUAUUGUGAUUCAGGAGUCUGUGUUGCUGGAUGUAAAACCGAUUCUGACUGCUUAAAUAAUCAACUUUGCCAAUCAAAGACAUGUGAAUGUAUACCUGGCUAUAAGUUAAUUAACGAAGAAUGUGUUAAUGUAGUAGAAUGUCUCAAUAAUCCAUGUCACCCUUCAGCGCAAUGUAUAGAUUCAAUCGGAUCCUACAAAUGUGUCUGUCCGAUUGGAGCAUUAGGUGAUCCAUAUAAGUCUGGAUGUCUACUACCUAAUAAAUGCACACAAGAUAGUCAAUGCCAAUACUCAUUGUCUUGUGUUAAAGGUGAAUGUUUGAAUCCAUGCCUCUCUAACUCAUGUGGAUUAAAUGCCGUCUGUAACGUAGAAAAACAUAAAGUCACUUGCAGUUGCAAAAAAGGAUAUUUAGGCAAUCCUUUAGAUAAAAAAAUUGGAUGUUUCAAAGUAGAAUGUGUUGAUGAUACAGAUUGUGCUAAUGAUAAGUACUGCGAUGCUGUGAGCAACAAGUGCAGUGAUAACUGUGAGUCUAAUAUGUGCCUUAAUGGAAAUUGUAAAAUUGAUAACCAUAAGCAGUUGUGUACUUGUUUACCUGGAUAUGAAUUAGAUAAUAAUCAAUGUGAGGAUAUUAAUGAAUGUACGAAAAAUCCUUGUCCAUUAAACUCUGAAUGUAGCAACAUCUUGGGUUCCUUCACAUGUACUUGUACUAAUGGUACUAUACUAGACACAAAUACUGGUACUUGCAAGAUGCCCGGUGACUGUUUUUCUGAUGAUGAAUGUUCUGAAAAAACAAAAUGUUUGAACAAUCGAUGCUCUAAUCCUUGUGAAAAAGUUAAAUGUGGCCAGAAUGCUAUUUGUUCGGUCUCCAGUCAUAAACCAAUAUGUGAGUGUAUACCAGAUAGUCAAGGGGACCCGUACAAACAAUGUACUAAAUUCGAAUGUGUCAGAGAUGCUGACUGUACCUUGGAGGAAGCAUGUGUCAAUAAUAAAUGCAUCGAUUCAUGUAGCCUGCCACGCGCUUGCGGAAAGUAUGCUGUUUGCUUGUCUAAAAACCACAUAGGCCACUGCUCAUGUAUGUCCGGUUACACUGGAGAUCCAGUUUUAGGUUGUGUUGCUAUUCAAUAUUGUGAAGAUGACAGUAGAUGCUCUUCGGGAACUAAAUGUGUAGAUAACUUGUGCGUCGGUAUCUGCAAAAAUUCUAGAGAUUGUUUUGAUGAUCAAGUUUGUGUUCAAAGUACAUGUAGAUUAAAAUGCAAUUCCAAUAGUACUUGCCCUGAUUCUUAUUUCUGUUCCAAUAGAAUAUGUACAAAAGAUCAGAAAUGCAUUUCCAAUAAUGAUUGCGCGCCUGAUGAAGAAUGCAUACAAAGUGCAAGCAUUCCGAAAUGUGUAAAACUAUGUAAAACCCGAUCUUGCGGUAGAAAUGCAGACUGUACUGCUAUUGCCCAUCAAACUGUUUGUUCGUGUAAAGAAGGAUUCUUUGGCGAUCCAAUAAAAGGAUGCAAGAAAAAAGAAUGUAACAAAGACUCAGAUUGCUCAAGCGACAAGCUAUGUAGUAGUAAUUUAUGUAAAGUUGUAUGUUCAGUAGAGAACAACUGUGGAGAAAAUUCUAUUUGUAUAUCUGAAAAUCACAGACAUUCGUGUUCCUGCCAACCUGGUUUUACGGGUAACCCAUCUAAAGGAUGCAUUAAAAUUAAUUGGUGUGAACCAAAUCCUUGUGCUCUUGGUGCUGAAUGCAUGAAUAUGAUAAAUGGUCCACAUUGCGUUUGCCCACCAGGCAUGGUUGGCAAUGCGACGACUGAAGGUUGCAAAAAAGCUGCAGAAUGUAGAUUCAACCGAGAUUGUCCAUUGAGUGCCCGAUGCACUGUUAUUGAUGGGACAAGGAAAUGUACAGAUGUAUGUGAAAAUAUAAAAUGCGGUCCUAACGCAGAGUGUAUAGCAGAAAGGCACGCUGGUCAAUGCAGAUGUAAAGAGGGAUAUACAGGAGUUGCCUCCAGUGAUAAAGGCUGCCGCAUACGUGAAGUAACUUGUAGUACAAAGCUUGAUUGUCUAAAGGAACAAUAUUGCAGUAAAGGAGUUUGUGUUGGACUCUGUUUAUUAGACGAAGAAUGCGAGUCAAAUGAAAAAUGUAUAAAUGGACAAUGUUUAAAUCCUUGUUCGAUGGAAAAGACGUGCGGUUUAAAUGCGGUAUGCCGUACAAGCAAUCAUAUUGUGCAAUGCAGCUGCCCAAACAGUUUUACAGGAAAUCAGGAUGUUGAAUGUGUCCGAAUGCCGAGACUGUGUGGAUCUUCUGGAGAAUGUGAAGACGAUUACGUUUGUCAAGAUUCAAUGUGCGUUCCAGGAUGCAAAAUUGAUGAAGACUGCGCUGUAAAUGAAAGAUGUUCAAACAGCGUAUGUUUGCUAACGUGCCGUGUUGAUAACGAUUGUUUCCUUGGACAUAUAUGUUUAUCGAACAGUUGUCAUUAUGGCUGCCGACAUGAUGAUGAUUGCGGACAAGAAGAAGUCUGUAAAGACAAUUACUGCCAAAAUCCAUGUUCAAACAAAAAUAAUCCAUGUGGGCCAAAUGCUGUAUGCACUGUAGUUGACCGGAAAGCUUUAUGCUCUUGUGGGGAAGGUUUAAUACCAUACCCAACUGCAAAUAUCGGAUGUAUUAGAACUGUAUCAACAUUUUGCUCCACACAUACUGAUUGUAGCACUGGAUGGCGAUGUGAGGACGAAAAGUGUCGACCAGCUUGUACUGCGGGAGGUUCAGAAUGUCUUCAAGGUGAACGAUGCGAAUCGGGUGUAUGUCGCUAUGCCUGUACUUCAGACGAGCAUUGUUCCAAUGACGAAGUAUGUGAUGGUCGAUUUUGCGUGACUGGAUGUAGAUCGAAUUCUAAUUGUCCAAAUAAUUUGGCUUGCGUAUCGGGACAAUGUAUGGAUCCUUGUAAUGAGCCAGCCGCAUGUGGAGCAAAUGCAUUAUGUACAACAGAAAAUCAUGCUCCAAAGUGUACUUGUCCACAAAAUUUAAUAGGAGAUCCGAAAUAUGUAUGUAAACGAAUAAAAAAUAUUUGCGAUAGCAAUAAAAACUGUCCAAGUGGAUCUGUAUGCUACGGUGAUAUGUGCUAUCCAUCUUGUAGAAGCGACAGUGUCUGCUUGGCAAAUGAAAAAUGUAUUCGAGGCAUAUGCAGAGUAGUUUGUAAUAAUGAUGACGCAUGCAGCGAAAAUCAUAUCUGCGAGAACAGAAUCUGUAAACAAGGAUGCCGUGAUGACACUGCGUGCGCUACUGAUCAAGCAUGCAUUAGUGGCCAAUGCAAAGAUCUUUGUGGUGAACGUCAAACUUGCGGAACUUGUUCUCAAUGUAAAAUGAUUAACCAUCGAGCACAAUGCAGUUGUUCGAGCAAUUAUACUGGAAACCCCUUGGUAGAAUGUAAUAAGAAGCUAUCCCAAUGCGAUGGAUUUUGUCCGUGUGACGAUAGUGGAUAUUGCAUAUCUUUAUGUGAAAAUGAUUCCGAUUGUGCUUGCGGUGAAAAAUGUUUUAAUGGUGGUUGCAGAGCAUUGUGCUCAGCUAAGAAGAAAUGUCCCGAAAGGCAAAUCUGUACACAAGGUGUCUGUAUACCGGGUUGCAACAGUAACAAGGACUGUGGUGAUGAUAUGACGUGCUCAUCAAGACUUUGUGUAGCAGUUUGUAGGGAAAAUUCUUGUGGAAAAAAUGCAUUAUGCUUAGCGACCCGGCAUAGAGCUGUUUGCAGUUGUCCAAGUGGUUUUUCCGGAGAUCCUUUAAAAGAGUGCAAAGGAUACGAUUGCUUAAAAAACGAAGAUUGUGGAUCUGAUGAAGAAUGUACAAUAGAUGGUUUAUGUAAAAACAUAUGUCUUCAUGCUUGCGGCAACAAUGCGAUAUGCCGAACAAUUAAUGGAAAGGCCCAAUGUUCUUGUCCGCCUAACUUUAUAGGUAAUCCAAAAGUGGAAUGCUUAAAACCAGCAGAAAGCAGUUGUUUGCGAAACCCAUGCGGUGUCAAUGCAAGAUGCAGAGAUCUGGAUGAUGGAAGUUUUGAAUGCACUUGUCCAAAAGGAUGUGCCGGAAACCCACAAAGGCAAUGUUUCUGUGGUACCAUGGCGCCGUGUGCAAAUAAAGUUUGCGGUACUAAUGCUCAGUGUCGGAUAGGAUUAAAUGGAAAUGCUCAAUGUUAUUGUCCUAGGAAUUAUCCCAAUGGUGACCCCAAUAUUGAGUGCGCUGAAGAACCCAGCAUAGUCGAUUGUCGAACAACUGGAUGCGGAACUAAUGGAGAAUGUUUGAGAGAGGGUGCCGAGUUUGUAUGCCGCUGUAUACCGGGUACUGAAGGCAAGGCUGACGAACAGUGUCAUACUAGUAUCGAAUGUACGAGCGACAAGGACUGCCCAGUAGACAAAGCAUGCUUGAGCUUGCAUUGCGUUGACCCUUGCACGGUGCGAGGGGUCUGCGGAGAAGAUGCACUUUGUGAACCAGUGAUGCAUAAAGCCCAAUGCUCAUGUCCGCAAUGCUAUAUCGGACAACCGCGGAUGGCAUGCCGGCUUGAUCCCAACUGUAAAACGACUACAGAUUUUAAUACAACAUUUACAUGCUCCGAUACCAAGCCGUGUCCUUCGAAAUUAUCUUGCGAUUUGAAUACUAACCAAUGCCGAAAUCCCUGCUUGGGUUAUCAAAAUUGCCGACGAAAUCAAAAAUGUGAAGUUCGUAAUCACGUGCCUGUUUGCGUCUGUCGGAACGGUUUCGCUUUAAAUGAAAGAGGUGAAUUAACAUGUGCACCGGAUAAUGCAGAAUGUACAAGGGAUGAACAAUGUCCCUCAAAUACCGCAUGCAAGGAUUCGAAAUGCGUCAAUCCCUGUUUGGCGUCGAAGCAACCCAUAUGUUCGAAAGGAAAGCAAUGCGCAGUGGUAGAGCACCGUGCUGUGUGUGUCUGUGUGGAAGAUUGUCAUCCAACAGUUUCUAUUUGCUUAAGAGAUAAUGGGUGUCCGCAAAAUUUGGCUUGUAAAGACUUUCAAUGCCAGGACCCGUGUAAAGACGCAUGCGGUGGUGCACCAUGUUCAGUGGAAGAUCACCAUCCGGUUUGCAAAUUUUGUCCGAAUGGAUUUGCACAUGAUGACAGACACGGCUGCAUUAAAGCAUUAGAAUGUGGUGCCCACGAGCACUGUGCGCCUGAGUUAGCGUGUAUGGAGGGGCGAUGUGGAGAUCCCUGUGCUCUCGGUGGCCCUUGCACUGCUGGACAACAUUGCGCUGUAGUCAAUCAUCAACCCGUCUGCUCAAAAGUGUGCCAGUGUCAAACAUCCUCAGACUGCGCUAGAUAUCCAAACACUGAGUGUGAUGGUUGUGCCUGUAUAAGACGUGAUAAAACAGCUACAAAUUGUAUACAUUGCCGGCCUGGAGUUCCUUGUGACCCUACCACUGGCGCAUGCCUAGAGAAAUCGCCUGGGACUCCUAAAAUACCAGAACCAUGUCAAUCUGACCGGGACUGUAUAGAAACGGAAGCGUGCUUUAUGGAACAAUGUCAAAAUCCAUGUGAAUUUGACAAUGUAUGCGGCAUUGGAGCUAACUGUCAUCCAAUUAAACAAAGGCCUAUGUGCUCAUGUCCUGCGGGAUAUGAUGGAGAUCCUGCUGUUAAAUGUUCACCUAAAAUAUCUGGUUGUACUCGAAAUGAAGACUGUCAACUGACCGAAGCUUGUAUAGAUAAUGCAUGCCAACAUCCUUGUGAAAUACACAACCCAUGUGCACUUAACGCUGUUUGUAUAAACACGAACCAUGGAUCGGACUGCAGUUGCUUGGAUGGAUUUAAUGGAAACGGAUACGUUGGAUGUGUUCCAGUCAGAGAAUCACAUUCUGUAUGUCAGUAUAAUGAGGACUGUCCACCUGAAUUGUUAUGUGAUAGACUGAACAGAGUUUGCAUUAAUCCUUGUUCAAUAAAUAAGUGCGGAGAAAACGCAGAAUGUUAUCCGGAGAAUCAUAGUAUUAAAUGCAAAUGUUUCGAAGGUUUUACUGGAAAUCCAUUUUUAGAAUGUUAUCAAGUUCAAGGAUGUAGAUCAGAUAACGAAUGUCCAAAUUCCGAAGCAUGUAUAAAUGGAAAGUGUGACUCCCCAUGUAGAUGUGGUCUAAAUGCUAUAUGUGAUGUUUUGAAUCAUCGUGCAACCUGUAAAUGUUUGGCUGGUUAUACUGGUAAUCCUUCAUUAGGAUGUGAACCACCUUCUAAUCCAUGUAUUCCGAAUCCAUGUGGUGUAAAUGCGCUAUGCGAAAUAGAUAAUGGGAACCCUAUUUGUUAUUGUCCAAAAGGAUUGACUGGAAAUCCAUUCCAAAAUUGUAUACCUGAGGGAAAUGAAUGCGAACCGAAUCCCUGUGGACCAAACACAGGAUGUAGGAUAAUAAAUAAUAAACCAGCCUGCUUCUGUUUACCAAACUUUGAAGGGAAUCCUCCGAGACAACCUUGUCAAUUGCCAAACAACCCAUGCAAUCCUUCCCCAUGUGGACCUAACACGCAAUGCACGGUACUGACAAAUGGAUUUUCAAAGUGCACUUGUUUGCUGGGAUAUGUAGAGAGUCCAAAUACAAUAAGAGGUUGUAUAGAAGCACGCAAUCCAUGUGAACCUAGCCCGUGUGGUACUGGAGCACGGUGCGAUCCUAACAGAACUCCGGUCUGUUAUUGCCCUGAUAAUACAUUAGGCAAUCCUUAUAAAUCUUGCGAACCACAAACAUAUUUGCCACCACCAAUACUAUGUCAGCCUGGUAAUUGCGGAGAAAAUUCAGAAUGCUACGUAAGCAAUAACAGAGAAAUGUGCUUCUGUAAAACUGGAUUUACCGGUGAUCCAUACAUCGGAUGUUCUCCACAAAAAAAUGCAUGUUAUCCAAAUCCUUGUGGACCCAGAGCAGUAUGUAGCCUUAACUAUGAUGGUCAGGCAAUAUGCUCUUGCGCGGGUGGCAGUAGUGGAAAUCCUUAUGGUUUAGAUGGAUGUCAAUCACGUGAGUGUGAAGUUGAUGACGAAUGCAAAUUCGAGCAAGCUUGCAUAGGCUACACAUGUCGAAAUCCUUGUCCAGGUGUAUGCGGGCUAAAUGCUAAAUGCUUUGUUGAAGCCCAUCAUCCAGUAUGCAUUUGUGAAAAUGGAUUUGUGGGCAAUCCUUUAAUUUGUUGUUUACCACCCGGAGAAUUAAAAAUGGUAGCGCCGUGCAGCAAAGCAAAAUGUGGUAUAAAUGCAUACUGCCAAGAGGUAGGAGGUGAAGCACUAUGUUACUGUCCACCCAAUUUCUAUGGUGAUCCUAUUAAAGAAUGUAAACCAGAAUGUAUGAUGAAUUCUGACUGUGCCUCUAAUGAAGCCUGUCUUAAUCAAAAGUGCGUUGAUCCAUGCUCCGAAAAUAACAUCUGUGGAAUAAACGCUGUUUGCUUAUGCGCGGAUCAUACAGUAUCAUGUUUAUGUCCCGAAGGGUACAUAGGAGACCCUCUAAUUCAGUGCAUAUACAGACCUAUAGUCAUUACACCUGACAAUACUACGGCGCAGCCAUGCACACCAAAUCCAUGUGAUCAAAAUAUGGCAUGUGAUACUUUCGGUGACAAAUUUGCAGUAUGCGAUCCAUGUGUUGGGUCAAAUUCCAUCAAAAAUCCUGCAUGUAGACCAGAUUGUGUUGUUAACUCUGAUUGUCAGUUUAAUCAAUUAUGUUUAAGAAACAAAUGCAUAGAUCCAUGCCCUGGCUCUUGUGGUGUCAAUGCGGAUUGCGUUGCAUACAACCAUGGACCGAUAUGCACUUGUCGAAGUGGUUUUGAUGGUAAUCCAUAUGAGAAUUGUAAACCAGUUGUUCAAUAUAUUCCACCUGAAACCUGUGAUAGCGUGAAUUGUGGUUCUAACGCCGAAUGUCGGAAUGUUAAUGGAGGACUUGGAUGCUAUUGUUUGCCAAACUUUUUCGGAAACCCAUAUCUUUCAUGUCGACCAGAAUGUGUUGUAAACAGUGAUUGCCCAUCUAAUUUGGCCUGCUUUAAUAACAAAUGUCAGAAUCCAUGUUCUGACACAUGCGGAGUUGGAGCAACUUGUGAAACGAUCAAUCAUCACGCAGUAUGUUAUUGCGCUCCAGGAUUUGAAGGCGAUCCGUAUAUUAGAUGCCAACCGACUGCCAUUACUCCACCAUCAGUAUCAACAUGUGAACCAUCACCAUGUGGCCCUUACAGUCGAUGCAUGGUUUCAUCGAAUGGAUUUGCAAUAUGCUCCUGUCUUCCUGGAUUUAGAGGCGUUCCACCGAUGUGUCAACCCGAAUGUGUCAGCAAUUCUGAUUGUCAACAGAAGGAAACUUGCGUAAACCAAAGAUGUGUAGAUCCUUGUCAGGGAAGUUGUGGCGUAGGAGCCCGAUGUGUAGUUAUAAAUCACAAUCCAAUAUGCAGCUGUGAACCAGGAGAAACUGGUGAUCCAUUUGUUGCUUGUAAAGAUUUUAGCAUUAAUGAAACGCCAAAUCAAAAUCCAUGUUUACCUUCACCGUGUGGGCCAAAUUCUGUUUGUGAAAUAAAAUCGAACCAUCCUGUAUGCUCAUGCCGACCGAAUUAUUCAGGAACUCCACCAAACUGUCGACCAGAAUGUGUUAUAAGUCAAGAGUGUCCUUCAAAUCAAGCAUGCAUAAAAGACAAAUGUACGGACCCUUGUAUAAAUGCAUGUGGAAAUAAUGCUAAAUGUGAUGUGAUAAACCACACUCCUUUAUGUAGUUGUUUACAAGGCUUCCAAGGAGAUGCAUUUAUCGGUUGUAUCGCAAUACCUAAAUCUGAAUCAAACACUCCGUGUAAUCCAUCGCCAUGUGGCGAAAAUACAGUUUGUUCGGUGGUAAAUAAUGCCGCCAGAUGCUCUUGUAUACCGCCCAAUAUAGGAAAUCCAUACGCUGGAGGCUGCCGCCCCGAGUGUUCGAUAAAUUCUGACUGUCCAAAUCAUCUAGCUUGCCUUUCAAGUCAUUGCCGCGACCCAUGUAAAGAUUUAUGUGGAACUAAUGCAGAGUGCAUUGUAACAAACCAUAUCCCAAUUUGUUCCUGCUUUAAGGGCUAUGAAGGCGAUCCAUUCUCAUCUUGUCAUCGACAGUAUGUUCAACCAACGCCGCUUAAUCCAUGUGAACCAUCACCAUGCGGUCCAAACAGUGAAUGUCAAGUCGUGAGUGAUCGCGCGGCAUGUUCAUGUCGAAGUGGCUAUCACGGAACUCCACCAUCUUGUAGACCGGAAUGUGCUGUUAACUCUGACUGUCCAAUGGAUCGAGCAUGUAUCAAGCAGAAGUGUCAAGACCCAUGUAUUCAGAGUUGUGGUCUCGAUUCUCGUUGUCAUGUUGUUGGCCAUAAUCCAAUCUGCGUAUGUCCUGAAAACUAUCCCGACGGAGAUCCAUUCAUUCGUUGUUACAAGAAAGCUAUUACAUUGCCGGCACCGAAUCCAUGCAUGUCAGCACCUUGCGGACCUCAUGCAACUUGCCGCGAGGAAGCUGGACGGGCUGUUUGCGCUUGUGAUCCAGGAACUUUAGGAGCACCGCCAACGUGCCGUCCUCAGUGCGUUAUCAAUCAAGACUGUCCAUUAGCACUAGCAUGUGUUAGUGGAAGAUGCGUCAAUCCCUGCUUUGGAUCGUGCGGGUUCAAUGCCCGAUGUAUAGUUCAGAAUCAUCAACCUAUAUGUACCUGUGACGAAGGCUUCUCAGGUGACCCGUUUGCUGGAUGCAGUCCGUUUGAGACUCCCAAAGAAGUACCUCGACAUCCUUGUAAUCCAUCACCAUGUGGACCUAACGCUAUUUGUAGAGAGAGAGAUGGUACUGGGGCCUGUAUAUGUGUAGAUAAUUUCUUUGGUGACCCUUAUCUGGGAUGUAGACCAGAAUGCGUUAUGAACACAGACUGCGCAUUUGAUAAAACUUGUUUUAACAACAAGUGCUUAGACCCCUGUCCGGGCACAUGUGGGCAAAAUGCUGAAUGUAAAGUCUCACAUCAUGCACCAUCAUGUUAUUGCUUGCCUGGACAUACUGGAAAUCCACUUCAUGCAUGUACACCUGUUUUAUCUAUACCGGAACCAAUCGACCCAUGCCACCCUUCACCUUGUGGCCCGUAUAGUAAAUGUCGUUCGUUUAACGGCCACGCCGUUUGUACGUGUCUUGAUAUUUGUGUCGGUUCGCCACCAAAUUGUAGACCAGAAUGCAUAGUAAGCUCAGACUGUUGGCCAAAUAAAGCGUGUAUCAAAAAUAAAUGUCAAGACCCCUGUUCUGGUACAUGCGGAAUAAAUGCACAAUGUCAAGUUGUUAACCACAAUCCUGUAUGUAGUUGUUUCAAUGGAUACACCGGUGAUCCUUUUGUGCGAUGCUACAUAGAAGAAAAACAAAUGACACCAAUAAAUAACUGUAUUCCGAAUCCUUGCGGUCCACACUCUAAUUGCAAAGAAUCAAAUGGAGUACCUGUAUGUUCAUGCUUAAACAAUUACGUCGGUCGACCACCAAACUGUCGACCCGAAUGCGUUAUGGACGUUGAAUGCCCAGGAAACUUGGCGUGCAUAUCAGAAAAGUGUAGUAAUCCUUGUCCAGGAUCAUGCGGUGUUCAUGCCACGUGUAAUGUCGUUAAGCAUAUACCAAUAUGUGCUUGUGAAUAUGGAUAUACCGGUGAUCCAUUUUCGGGAUGUUCAGUUAUUCCACCUAUCGAAGAACAAAUCGUAAGUCCCUGCUCAUUGUCGCCUUGUGGAGUAAAUGCAAUUUGCAAAGAAAAACGUGGUAUAGGAUCAUGUUCCUGCCUUCCCGAAUAUUACGGUGAUCCAUAUAUUGAAUGUCGCCCAGAGUGUGUUUUAAAUUCGGAUUGUCCAAAAGAUCGAGCUUGCAUAAAUAAUAAAUGUAAAGACCCUUGUCCGGGUGUGUGUGGCAUGAACGCAGAAUGUCGUGUCGGAAAUCAUGCUCCAGCUUGCUCUUGUUUACCUGGAUACGAAGGAAAUCCGUUUACAUCAUGUUAUAUAAGACAAAACAUAGAAUCUAUCGAUCCUUGCACACCUUCUCCGUGUGGACCAUAUAGCGUGUGUCGCGCUAGUAAUAACCACGCCAUUUGUUCUUGCCAAGAACAAUAUUUCGGCAACCCACCUAACUGCCGACCAGAAUGUAUGGUCAGCAGCGACUGCAUGCCUAAUAGGGCCUGUAUUAAUCAGAAAUGCAUUGAUCCAUGCAUAGGAGCUUGCGGAAACCACGCUAAAUGUACUGUUGUAAAUCAUAACGCUCUUUGUAGCUGUCCUAACGAUCAUACUGGAGAUCCAUUCGUGAACUGCGUAUACAAAGAACGAAUAGAACCCAAACCAUCGGUUAACCCUUGCAUACCUUCACCUUGCGGUCCUUACUCUCAAUGUCGUGUAGUAGGAGAAACGCCUGCAUGCUCUUGUAAAAUUGGAUACAUAGGAAGAGCACCUAACUGUCGACCAGAAUGUAUUUAUGACGAAGAAUGUCCUAGCAAUUUAGCUUGUAUACGUGAAAAAUGUCUUAACCCCUGUGACGGUUCUUGCGGCUCGAAUGCCAAUUGUGUUGUAAUAUCACAUAAGGCAGUAUGUCAUUGUCGCGAAGGCUAUACUGGAGAUCCAUUUAGUGGUUGUUACUUUAUUGUAACAGUAGCAAGUGAAGAAGAAACAAAUCCAUGUAAUCCAUCUCCAUGUGGACCAAAUUCAUUAUGCACGGAAAGAAAUAAUGCUGGAGCAUGUACUUGCUUACCGGAAUAUUUUGGAGAUCCAUAUUUAGGCUGCCGACCUGAAUGUGUUACGAAUAAUGACUGUCCUUUCGAUAAAGCAUGUUCAAAUAACAAAUGUAUAAACCCGUGCGAAGGAGCCUGUGGAAUAAAUGCGCAAUGUAAUGUUGCACAUCACUAUCCAGUUUGUCUUUGCAUUAAUGGCUUUGAAGGAAACCCAGUCGUAUCAUGUUACCCGCAAAGAAGUCCUCCAACUGAGGAAAUUAAUCCAUGUUUGCCUUCGCCAUGUGGACCUUAUAGCCACUGUAAAGUAAUAGAUGGACACGGAGUUUGUUCUUGUCAAGAAGGAUAUAUUGGUUCUCCUCCUACUUGUAGGCCGGAAUGUGUUACUAGUACCGACUGCUUGCAACACCAGGCUUGUAUAAAACAAAAAUGUAAAGACCCGUGUCCGGGAAUGUGUGGUAUUAAUGCCCGAUGUCUAGCAGUAAACCAUAAUCCUAUAUGUACAUGCAAAGCAGGUUUUACUGGCGAUCCAUUUGUAGCUUGCCAACUAGAGCCAAAACCUAUCUUUACGGGACCUAAAGGAAAUCCGUGCAUACCAUCACCAUGUGGUCCAUAUUCUCAGUGUAAAGUGGUCGGAGAAGCUCCUGCAUGUUCAUGCUUACCAAAUUAUAUUGGCGUAGCGCCAAAUUGUAGACCGGAAUGCUCUAUAAAUGCAGAGUGCCCUGGUAAUCUUGCAUGUCAAAAUGAAAAAUGUGUAGAUCCAUGCCCGGGUUCAUGUGGCUUCAAUGCAGAAUGUUCUGUAGCAAACCAUGUAGCCUUGUGUAAUUGCCUAGCAGGAUUUACUGGUGAUCCUUUUAGUGGAUGUUCGGUUAUUGAAUACACUUCCGAGCCUCCUCCGAACCCAUGCAAUCCAUCGCCUUGCGGAGCAAAUGCGUUAUGUAAGGAACGCAAUGGAGUUGGCUCCUGCUCUUGUCUACCAGAAUACUUUGGAGAUCCAUAUACGGGUUGCAGGCCAGAGUGUAUUUCUAAUUCCGAUUGCGAUCGUAGUAAAGCUUGUUCAAAUAAUAAAUGUAAAGAUCCUUGCCCUGGAUCCUGUGGCAUUAACGCUGAGUGCAGAACUGUUAAUCACUCACCCACGUGUACAUGUCUGUCAGGAUAUACAGGCAAUCCGUUGAGGAUUUGUGAGAAAGAAGACAUACCCCCAACGCAACUUGAUCCUUGUACUCCGUCUCCUUGUGGACCAAAUAGCCUUUGCCGAGCCGUUAAUGGACAUAGCGUAUGUACAUGUGAGGCUGGAUAUAUCGGAACACCACCAUCUUGCAGACCUGAAUGUAUAGUCAGCUCUGAGUGCUCUCAAGAUAAAGCCUGUGUAAAUAAAAAAUGUGUAGACCCGUGUCCGAAUACAUGUGGGACAAACGCACGCUGUCAAGUAGUUACACAUAAUCCUAUAUGUAGUUGCACACCCGGUUUUACUGGAGAUCCAUUUACAAAAUGUAUUCCAGAAGAAAAAACUGUACCUACAAAUCCAUGCGUUCCAUCUCCUUGUGGACCAAAUUCAGAGUGCCGCGUUAUUGGAGACCAAGCAGCUUGUUCCUGCUUACCAGAUUAUAUUGGAAGAGUGCCCAACUGUAGACCAGAAUGUACCAUCGAUGCUGAGUGUCCAAGUAACACAGCAUGCAUAAAUGAACGUUGCCGCAAUCCAUGUCAAGGGGCUUGUGGAGUAAAUGCACUUUGUCUAACUAUUAAUCACAGACCAAUAUGUUCAUGUCAACAAGGUUAUACAGGUGAUGCUGGAAGUGGAUGUAAUCAAAUUUUAAUAUCGACAACAGAGAUGACGCCUACAUCCAGUCCUUGCACGCCAUCACCAUGUGGACCUAACGCCGAGUGUCGUGAAUUCAAUGGGGCUGGUGCUUGUUUCUGCUCAGAGGGGUACGAAGGCGAUCCUUAUGGUUCACAAGGCUGCCGAAGAGAAUGUGAUAGUAAUGAUGACUGUGCUCCACAUUUAGCAUGCACUCGUUAUAAGUGCAUAGAUCCAUGUCCACGGACGUGUGGACAAUUAGCGCAAUGUACUGUAGAAAACCAUAUACCUAUUUGUACUUGCCCCAAUGGCUACACUGGUGAUCCAUUCUUCCAAUGUAAACAAGUUCUGAUGGAACCACCUCCAAUACAGAAUCCUUGUGAGCCAACACCAUGUGGACCUAACAGUCAAUGCCGACAAGUGAAUUUGCAAGCAGUAUGUUCCUGUCUGCCAAAUUACAUAGGGUCACCACCGUCUUGCCGACCACAGUGUGUGGUCAACAGUGAAUGCGACGUUUCCAAAGCUUGUAUUAAUCAAAAAUGUGAUGAUCCCUGCCCUAACACAUGUGGACUUCGAGCACAUUGCUUGGUGAAAAAUCACAAUCCUAUAUGCACAUGUCCUACAGGCAUGACUGGGGAUCCGUUUACUCAGUGUUACACAAUACCAUCAACAACUGAACGUCCCCCAUCUUGCACUCCAUCACCAUGUGGUCCACAUUCACGUUGUCAACUUCUCCAGAGUGGACCGGCUUGUUCAUGUUUAGCUGGUUAUAUUGGAUCGCCACCGUCUUGCCGGCCAGAGUGUACAAUUAAUUCUGAAUGUCCAGCUUCAUUGGCAUGCGUGCGUCAAAAAUGUGAGGAUCCUUGCCCCGGUUCAUGUGGUGUUGAGGCAAAUUGUCACGUAUUGAAUCAUGUUGCAGUUUGUGUUUGUAACGACGGAUUCACUGGAGAUCCUUUCUCUAGAUGUUCACCAAUAAGCGAAGCACCCACCACACCAACACCUUCAGACCCAUGCAAUCCAUCACCUUGUGGACCAAAUGCACAGUGCGAAAAUGGGUUCUGUACUUGUUUACCUGACUAUAGUGGUAAUCCUUAUGAAUCAUGCAGACCUGAAUGCACUGGAAGCCAAGAAUGUCCAAGAGAUAAGGCCUGUUUUAGAAACAAAUGCCGUGACCCAUGUCCAGGUGUCUGUGGCCAGAAUGCAAAGUGUGAUGUCAUCAAUCACAUACCAAGCUGCUCUUGUAUUGCUGAUUAUACUGGAAAUCCCUUUACACAAUGUCAACCAGUAGAAACAGCUCGAUUGCCUCCGAAAGAUCCUUGCCACCCUUCACCUUGUGGUCCAAACAGUAUUUGUAAAAAUAUUGAUAAUACUGCAGUUUGUGCAUGUGUUGAAGGUUUCAGAGGAUCUCCACCAGCUUGUAGACCAGAAUGUGUUGUAAGCUCAGAAUGCUCAUCUACAAAAGCAUGUGUGAAUCAAAAGUGCAUCAAUCCAUGCAUCAAUGCUUGUGGCUUGAACGCACGUUGUGAAGUGAUUAACCACAGCCCUAUUUGUAGUUGCAAUACUGGUCAAACAGGAGAUCCCUUCAAAAGUUGUCAUGAUAUUAUUAUGUCGAUUCCAGAGCCAACUGAUGUCUGUAACCCAUCACCUUGUGGUCCAAACGCUCAAUGCAUCGAAAGAAAUGGUAAACCAAACUGUAGGUGCAUGGAUGAUUAUGUAGGCCAGCCACCUAAUUGUCGGCCAGAGUGUGUAAUCAACCCGGAUUGUCCAUCUAAUCAAGCUUGCGUCAGAAACAAAUGUGUAGAUCCUUGUCCAGGUUCCUGUGGAGUUAAUGCUGACUGUGUGAUCGUCAGUCAUACAGUGUCCUGCAUAUGUCGGCCGAAAUAUACCGGAAACCCAUUCCUUCAAUGUGUUCCAGACGAAGAAGUAGUAGUAAAACCUUGUGACCCAUCACCGUGUGGAGCUAAUGCAGUUUGCAGUCAUAGAGAUGGUGCUGGUGCUUGCUCAUGUUUAGAAGGCUACCAAGGCAACCCGUAUGAAGGCUGCCGACCGGAAUGUGUACUUAGCUCCGAUUGCACCGCUGAUAAAGCUUGCAUAAGAAAUAAAUGUGCUGAUCCAUGUCCCGGAAUUUGUGGAACAUUUGCAGAAUGUACUGUCGUAAACCAUGUACCGACUUGCGCAUGUAUAAGAGGUUACUCUGGCAAUCCAUUUGUACAAUGUCAAGAAAAUAAACCAAUAGAAAAAAGUAGACCCUGUCAGCCUUCGCCUUGUGGCCCUAAUAGCAUUUGUCGAGAAAAUGGAGACUUGGCGUCAUGCGAAUGUCUUCCAGAAUACAUAGGCGCCCCUCCAGAUUGUCGCCCAGAAUGCACAGUCAGUAGCGAAUGUCCAUCAGAUCGAGCUUGUCAUAAGCUUAAAUGUGCCGAUCCUUGUAGAGGAACUUGUGGUUUAGGUGCACAUUGUCAAGUUGUCAACCACAGCCCGUUAUGUAGCUGUCCUAAUAAUCAAACUGGAGAUCCGUUUACUAGGUGUCAUGUAGCUCCAAUAGAAGUAGAGCCACCUCAACCAAAAGAGCCGUGUCAGAUUAAUACUUGCGGACCGUACAGUGAGUGUAGAGCAAAUAAUGGAUAUCCUUCAUGUUCCUGUAUGCCAGGCUAUAUAGGAGCACCACCAAACUGUCAUCCAGAAUGCUUAGUCAAUACAGACUGUCCAUCCAAUCAAGCAUGUAUCGCAGAAAAAUGUACCAAUCCUUGCGAAGGUUCAUGUGGCUUCAAAGCAAUAUGCAGAGUUCAAGAUCAUAUACCUAUAUGUAGCUGUCCUAAUGGAUUCUCGGGCGAUCCAUUCAUUCAAUGCAGUGAAGUUAUUGAAACCACGCCUCAAGCUUCUGAUCCAUGUAACCCAUCUCCUUGUGGAAGUAAUGCUGUGUGUGAAUCAGGUUCUUGUACGUGUGCUUCGGGUUACUUUGGAGACGCAUACACAGGAUGUCGACUAGAAUGUAGUACGAAUGGCGAAUGUGCUCCAACUCGAUCUUGUCAAGGAGGAAAAUGUGUAGACCCUUGUCCAGGAGCUUGCGGCACUGGUGCAACAUGUUCUGUUAAUAAUCAUAUUCCAUCAUGCUCUUGCCCACCUGGGACAUCUGGGGAUCCUUUCUCCUUCUGUACAGAAAUAAAACGACCUGAAUUGCCAAAAUCACCAUGCAGCCCAUCACCUUGUGGCCCUUAUAGUGAAUGUACAGUAAGUGCAAAUGGUGCUGCUGCAUGUUCUUGCCGAGCUGGUCAUAUCGGUUCCCCACCAUCGUGCAGACCAGAAUGCCUCGUAAGCUCUGAAUGCAAACUUCAGAUGGCUUGUAUAGACCGUCGUUGCCGUGAUCCUUGUGAAGGUGCAUGUGGACGUGGUGCAAGAUGUCAAGUAAUUGCACAUUCACCAAUUUGCACGUGUAAUGAUGGAUAUACUGGUGACCCGUUCAGUUAUUGUUACCUAGCACCUGCAGUCAAUAUGGACCCAAUAGAUCCUUGCCAACCAUCACCAUGUGGACCAAAUUCAAUAUGUGUCAAAACGGGAGAAACACCAGCUUGCAGUUGCCAACCAGGAUUUAUUGGGUCUCCACCAAACUGCCGCCCAGAAUGUACAAUUAGUGCUGAGUGUCCCGCUGCACUUGCUUGUAUCGGGCUGCAAUGUAAAAACCCUUGUUCUCAAGCUUGUGGUCCCGGAGCUAUUUGUUCCGUUGUUGACCAUCGGGCCACAUGUGCUUGUGAGCAAGGACUAGAAGGAGAUCCAUUCCAGGGAUGCUCGUUACCAAAAGCUCCUCAAAUUUUCGAAUACUUGAAUCCUUGCGAACCAUCACCAUGUGGCAUGAAUGCUGAAUGUAAAAUACAAGGAAAUGCUGGAUCUUGCACAUGUUUACCCGAUUAUUUUGGUGAUCCUUAUCAGGGCUGUAGGCCUCAAUGUUUAUCCGAUGCUGAUUGUCCAUUACUCUUAGGUUGCUAUAAGAAUAAAUGUAUUGACCCAUGCCCAGGAGUAUGUGGCUAUAACGCAGAUUGCUUUGUUACAAAUCAUAAACCAAGUUGUAAUUGCAAAGUGGGCUAUACAGGCAAUGCUCUUUCAAUGUGUUCUCUAAUACGAGGUGAUAGUAUUACGGUUAUUAACGUUUGUAAUCCGUCGCCGUGCGGUGUUAACGCACUGUGUAAAGAAGUAAAUAAUCAACCAGUUUGCUCGUGUCUAACCAACUACAUAGGCGCACCUCCAAAUUGCAAACCAGAAUGUGUUGUUAAUUCUGAAUGUAAGCGAAAUAGAGCAUGUGUUAACAACAGAUGUAUCAAUCCUUGUCCUAAACCAUGCGGCACAAACACUGAAUGUAAAGUUAUAAAUCAUAGCCCAGUAUGUUCAUGCCGACAAGGAUAUUCUGGAAAUCCAUUUACAGCAUGUAGUCAAAUAUUGCAAAUUACUACAAGUAUUACGCCUUCAACCGAUCCUUGUAACCCAUCACCGUGCGGUCAAUAUGCUGAAUGUCGUAAUAUAAACGAGUUAGCAUCAUGUUCUUGUUUGCCAAACUAUCUUGGUUCACCUCCAUAUUGUAAACCAGAAUGUACAAUUAAUUCCGACUGCCCAAAUGACCAAGCAUGUGUAGCAGAAAAGUGCAGAAAUCCUUGUGACGGUGCUUGUGGCAUUAAUGCAAAUUGUUUUGUUAGUAAUCACAUACCAGUUUGCUUAUGCUCUGAAGGAUAUACCGGCGAUCCAUUUAGGCAAUGUAUCACGAAACCAAUAAAAGAUACUAUACCCGAAACACCAAGUAAUCCUUGUGUGCCCAAUCCAUGUGGACCUAACGCUGAAUGUAACAGUGGUAUAUGUACAUGCAUAUUUGAUUACCACGGUGAUCCAUACUUAGGCUGCCGACCGGAAUGUGUGCACAAUUCAGAAUGUUCUCAAGAUAAGAGCUGUCAAAAACACAGAUGUGUCAAUCCUUGCUUAGGCACCUGCGGAGUAAAUGCUAUUUGUGAUGUGCAUAAUCAUAUACCAAUGUGUGUUUGUCCCAAGGGAAUGAAUGGGAAUGCAUUUGUUGAGUGUAGACCCACUACAGUUGUGAAUGUGAAUCCUUGCAAUCCUUCUCCUUGUGGACCAAACAGCCAGUGUCGGACAACUAACGGUCAAGCAGUCUGUUCCUGUCUUCCUGGCUAUAGAGAUAGUCCACCAACUUGUAGACCAGAAUGUGUUGUUAGCUCCGAAUGUCCGUUGAAGGAAGCAUGUCAAAAUCAAAAAUGUAUUAAUCCAUGUGUAGGUGCAUGUGGUAUAGCAGCUAUAUGCGAUGUAAUUAAUCACAACCCAGUUUGUACUUGUCCACAAUCAUUUACUGGUGACCCAUUUGUCAGGUGUAUAGUUAUCGUUGACUCGACGCCCACAAGAGAUGUUUGUGAUCCAUCGCCAUGUGGUCCAAAUUCGAUUUGUCGAAUAUCUGGGGAAAGCCCUGUAUGCGCUUGUCAAGCUGAUUAUAAGGGAUUACCACCUAACUGCAGACCAGAAUGUAUUAGCAACAGUGAAUGUGAUUAUAAUUUGGCAUGCUUUAAUCAAAAGUGCACGGAUCCAUGUAUAGGAACUUGUGGAAUAAACGCUGAAUGUAGAGUUGUGAGCCAUUCUCCUAUGUGCAUAUGUGCAAGCGGCUAUACAGGUGAUCCCUUCUCACAAUGUAUUCCCCAGAAUUUAGAACUUAUUGAAGUAUUAAAUCCAUGUAGUCCAAGUCCGUGCGGAUCGAAUGCAAUAUGUAAAGAGAAAAAUGGUGUUGGCGCAUGUCAGUGUUUAGAUGAUUACUUUGGUAAUCCCUAUGAAGGAUGCCGACCUGAAUGUAUCGUUAAUUCUGAUUGUCCUCUUAAUCGCGCUUGUUCGAGGAUGAAAUGUGUUGAUCCUUGUCCUGGAAUUUGUGGACCAAACGCAAUGUGUUUAGUAAAUAAUCACCUGCCAAAUUGCAUAUGCCAAUCAGGAUAUACAGGAAAUCCAUUUAGUCAUUGUAGUUUGAUGAUCGAACCCGUACUUGUAGCAAAAAAUGUAUGCAAUCCUUCACCAUGUGGAGCAAACUCACAAUGCAAAGAAAUAAAUGGUCAGGCAGUUUGCUCUUGUUUGCCUGACUUUAUCGGUGCUCCGCCGAACUGUCGUCCAGAAUGUGUAGUUAGUUCAGAAUGUUCGUCAGAACUUGCUUGUAUCAACCAAAAGUGCUUAAAUCCAUGUAUAGGAAAUUGCGGAGAGAACGCUUACUGUAACGUCAUCCAUCACAGUCCUAUUUGCGUUUGUAAGCAAGGAUUAACUGGAAAUCCGUUUACAAAAUGUUACCCUAUAAAAGUAUUUGCCACAAUCCAAGAGCCUGUAACGGAUCCUUGUUUACCAUCACCAUGUGGAUUGUAUGCUGAAUGUAGGAAUAUUGGCGGUUCUCCGUCCUGUGCCUGUUUGCCAACCUACUUUGGAAACCCACCGAAUUGCCGUCCUGAGUGUACGAUCAAUUCAGAAUGUCCAAGCAACAAAGCAUGUUUAAACGAAAGAUGCCAAGAUCCAUGUGCAGGUGCCUGUGGUGUGAAUGCUAGAUGUGAUGUCUUUAACCACAUUGCUCAAUGUAGCUGCAACGAACAGUACAGAGGUGAUCCGUUCGUACAAUGUACUUUAGUAACGAGCGAUGAAGAGCACGAUGUUGUAGACCUAUGUAACCCAUCACCUUGUGGAUCGAAUACUUUAUGCAACAAUGGAGAAUGUAAAUGUCUGCCUGAAUAUUUUGGAGAUCCUUACUUUGGAUGCAGACCAGAGUGUCUUCUGAACAACGAUUGCUCAGCAAAUAAAGCUUGUAUAAGAAAUAAGUGCAUAGAUCCAUGUAUAAACACAUGCGGAAAGCAAGCUUUGUGUCAAGUAUAUAAUCAUAUCCCGAUGUGCACUUGCUUACCAGGACAUUCGGGAAAUGCUUUUCUGGAAUGUAGGAAAAUACAGGUGACGGAAACUAUAAACCCUUGUAACCCUUCACCGUGUGGCCCUAACAGCCAAUGUCGAGAAAUUAACGGACAGGCUAUAUGCACAUGUUUGCCGGAUUAUAAGGGAGCGCCACCUACAUGCAGACCUGAAUGUACAACGAGCGCUGAAUGUGCACUGGAUAGAGCUUGCUCUAGUCAAAAAUGUAUCAAUCCGUGUGUUGGAAAUUGCGGUAUUGGUGCGCAUUGUCAAGUAAUAAAUCAUAACCCAAUAUGUUCAUGUCCACCGGAACUUACAGGCGAUCCUUUCGCUAGAUGUGUUGCAAAAGAUAUAACGCCACCAGUUUACAUCAAUCCAUGUGAGCCAUCUCCUUGCGGUCCAAAUUCAAUCUGUAAAGAGAUAUCAGGUUCACCAUCUUGUGCCUGUAUAGAGAAUUACGUUGGUAGCCCACCAAACUGUCGACCAGAAUGUAUCACAAAUUCUGAGUGUCCUAAUGAUAAGGCAUGUAUUAAUCAGAAAUGCAAAAAUCCUUGCAUCGGUUCCUGCGGAAAUCAAGCUGAAUGUAGAGUGGUUAGUCAUGCGCCGCAAUGUAUUUGUCCAGUUGGAUACACUGGGGAUGCGUUCAUAGAAUGUCGAAUAAUAGAUGUCCCUCUAACACCAUGUUCACCGUCCCCAUGUGGUCCAAAUGCAAUAUGCAAAGAGUUAGGCGCUGCUGGAUCAUGCGUAUGUAUGGCAGAUUAUAUAGGAAACCCUUACGAGGGCUGUCGACCAGAGUGUGUAGUUAACUCAGACUGUGCUAUGAAUUUAGCAUGUAUUCAAAGUAAAUGCAAAAACCCUUGUAACAAUAUUUGUGGACGAAACGCAGUUUGUAAUGUUGUCAAUCACACGCCACAAUGUGAAUGUAUCUCUGGACUUAUCGGUAAUCCAUACCAACAAUGUACAGAACGGCCAGCAAUAUCAGUGACGAAAAAUCCAUGCGCACCUUCUCCUUGCGGACCAAACAGCAUUUGCAAAGUGACAAACGAUCAGGCGGUAUGCACAUGUGAUACAGGCUACUUAGGAUCACCACCAUCUUGCCAUCCAGAAUGCGUUGUGAGCUCAGAAUGCUCCCAGCAACAAGCUUGUAUAAACAAAAAAUGCGUAAAUCCCUGUGAAGGGGUAUGCGGUUUAAACACUGAAUGCAAAGUAAUUAAUCAUAGCCCGAUUUGUACUUGCCGGACGAAAUACACGGGUGAUCCGUUUAGUCGGUGUCAUCAAAUUCCUCUUGCAAUAGAAGCCGUGCCUAGUAAUCCAUGUCUUCCAUCACCUUGUGGACCUUUUUCGAUAUGCCGUGAAGUUGGAAGUACACCAUCUUGUUCUUGUAUGCCCGAAUACACUGGAAGCCCACCGAAUUGCCGUCCAGAAUGCACCAUUAAUAGCGAUUGUUCUAGUGAUAAAGCGUGUAUUAACGAGAAGUGUGUCAAUCCGUGUCCUGGCUCUUGCGGUGUAAAUGCUGAAUGUCAUGUCCAGAACCAUGUAUCAAUUUGUUCAUGCUACGAUGGAUAUUCAGGCGAUCCGUUUAAUAGGUGUUCUGUUAAACCAGUAAAAGAUCCUGUUCCAACGGAUUCCUGCAAUCCUUCACCAUGUGGGGCUAACGCAGUUUGCGAUAAUGGUCAAUGUUCAUGUUUACCGGAAUACAACGGUGACCCUUAUUUUGGUUGCCGACCAGAAUGUACUAUCAGUGCAGAAUGCCCAAUGAACAAAGCAUGCGUGCAACAACGUUGUGUCAAUCCGUGUACUAACACUUGUGGCAGAAAUGCCCUAUGCGAAGUGGUUAUGCACAUGGCCAUAUGUACUUGUCCUCAAAAGAUGACUGGAAAUGCCUUCAUUCAAUGUGAGCCAAUCAAAGAUAUACCAGAGAGGAAUCCAUGUUUACCAAGUCCUUGUGGAGCUUUCAGUCAAUGCCGAGAAUACAAUAAACAGGCAAUUUGUUCAUGUUUACCGGGUUAUCGGGGAUCACCACCGUCUUGUCGUCCGGAAUGCGUCGCAAGUUCUGAAUGCCCGUCGAAUAAAGCUUGCAGUAAUCAGAAAUGCGUAGAUCCAUGUCUGGGAGCUUGUGGAACCAAAUCAAUAUGUCAAGUUAUUAAUCAUAAUCCUAUUUGCUCCUGCGAAUCAGGAAUGACUGGCGAUCCAUUUACGAGAUGCGUGGCUAUUGUUGCCGUUGAGCCGUCAGUCAAUGCAAAUCCCUGCUUGCCGUCGCCAUGCGGACCUAACUCGAUUUGCCAAAUAAGUCAGUCUGAAACACCGUCAUGUCAAUGUAUGGCAGAUUUUGUUGGUUCACCACCAAACUGCCGCCCGGAAUGUAUUUCAAACAGUGAAUGUGCCCCACAACUAGCGUGUAUAAAUAAAAAGUGUCAGAACCCUUGUAAUCAAGCAUGUGGAUUAAACGCAGAGUGUAGGGUGGUUAGUCAUACUGCAACAUGCGUUUGUCCUGAAGGGUACAGUGGCGAUGCUUCAAUUCAAUGUACCGUCAAUGCUUUAAUAAUCCAAGAAACCUUAACACCUUGUUCACCUUCGCCAUGUGGACCAAACGCUGAUUGCAGGGAACAAUCUGGCGCUGGGGCUUGUAUUUGUCAAAGGGGAUACUUUGGAAACCCCUACGAAGGUUGUCGUCCAGAAUGUUUAGUGAAUUCUGAUUGUCCCAGUAAUAGAGCUUGUACAAGAAACAAAUGCAUAGAUCCUUGUUUGGGCACCUGUGCUAUAAAUGCUGAUUGUCAAGUUGUUAACCACUCGCCGUUAUGUACCUGUCGAUCUCAAUAUACCGGCGAUCCAUUUACAAUUUGUGCCAUUAUACAACAAGAAGAAAUACAAAUAAAUCCUUGCCAACCAUCACCGUGUGGUCCAAAUAGUCAGUGUAGGGUUUCUAAUUCACAAAGUGUUUGCUCUUGUUUGCCCGAGUAUCGCGGCUCUCCUCCAAAUUGUAGACCGGAAUGCGUUGUAAGCACGGAGUGUUCAGCUGAUAAAACUUGCAAGAAUCAAAAAUGUAUUUCGCCAUGUCCUGGUACAUGCGGUCAGAAUUCUGAAUGUAGAGUUGUCAAUCACAGCCCAAUAUGUACCUGUAAAGAUAAAUAUACAGGCGAUCCCUUCUCUAAUUGCUUUAAGAUACAACAUCCUGUUCAAAUAACGCCGGAAAGAAAUCCAUGUCAGCCUUCACCUUGCGGACCGAACUCUAUUUGCCAAGACCACAAUGGUAUUCCUUCGUGCUCUUGUUUGCCUAACUUCGAAGGUAAUCCGCCUAAUUGCCGCCCCGAAUGCACAAUUAAUGAAGAUUGUUCUGGAGAUUUGGCGUGCAUAAAUCAAAAGUGUAAGAAUCCUUGUCCCGGGUCGUGCGGAAUCAAUGCAGAAUGUCAUGUUAUAAAGCAUAUUGCUGUUUGCACCUGUUCAGAAGGAUAUACUGGAAAUGCCUUUACAACAUGUAAUCUUUUACCGCCAAAAGUUCAAGAUGACCCGUGUAACCCUUCCCCUUGCGGCGCAAAUGCGGAAUGUUUUUCUGGCGAAUGUAAAUGUCUACCUGAAUUCUUCGGUGACCCAUACAAUGAAUGCCGGCCGGAAUGUGUGCAAAGUUCUGAAUGUGAACGGGAUAAAGCAUGUAUUUCUAACAAGUGUCAAAAUCCAUGCCCCGGUACCUGUGCAACAACGGCUAUUUGUAAUGUGAUAAAUCACAUACCUAUGUGCAGUUGCCCUGAGCGCAUGACUGGUAAUGCGUUUGUAGAAUGCAGAGUUAUUUCAGAACCACUUGUCACAAACCCUUGUCAGCCCUCUCCGUGUGGGCCUAACAGUCAAUGCAGAAGUAUAAAUGGACAAGCUGCAUGUUCUUGUGCUCCAAACAAUAUCGGUGUACCGCCGACAUGUCGUCCUGAAUGUACAAUAAGUGCCGAAUGUACAUUAGCUGAAGCCUGCAGCAACCAGCGAUGCAUAAAUCCGUGCAUAGGUGCAUGUGGUGUGAAUGCCGAAUGCAAAGUGGUCAACCAUAACCCAAUUUGUACUUGCCCGCCAUUAUUUACGGGAGAUCCGUUUAAUAGAUGCAUAAGACAACCUGAAAAAAUACCAGAACCAAUUGAUGUUUGUUCACCCUCUCCAUGCGGACCUAAUUCUUUAUGCAAGGAAAUCAACAAAGUACCAUCAUGUACAUGCAUAGAUGGAUUCCAAGGUCAACCACCGUAUUGUAGACCAGAAUGUACCAGUAAUGAAGAAUGCUCUACAACUUUGUCAUGCGUUAAUAUGAAGUGUGUGAAUCCAUGUGAAAAUGUUUGCGGUUCUAAUGCACUUUGUACAGUAGUCAGCCAUUCUCCUAUAUGUACAUGUGCUCCUGGUUUUACUGGCGAUCCAUUCUUUGCCUGCGCUCAAGAAUUUUUACAAACGGAGGUUAUUUCCACUCCUUGCUCACCGUCGCCUUGUGGUGCCAACGCCUUGUGCAAAGAGAAAAACAAUGCCGGAUCGUGUACUUGCUUUGAAGGUUACCUGGGCAAUCCCUAUGAGGGAUGUAGACCCGAAUGUGUAGUCAAUACUGAUUGUCCUUCUAACAAAGCCUGUGUUAAUAAUAAAUGUAAAGAUCCAUGUCCGGGAAGUUGCGGUAUACAAGCCACAUGUCAAGUAGUAAACCAUUCUCCCCGUUGUACCUGUUUGAGCGAUUAUACUGGCGAUCCAUUUAGGUAUUGUGUAUACCAAGAAACACCAUUAGUUGCGAAUGUAGACGUUUGUUACCCAUCGCCGUGCGGACCAAAUAGCCAAUGUCGUGAAGUCAAUAAUCAAGCAAUAUGCUCAUGCUUGCCGGAAUACUUUGGGACACCACCCAACUGCAGACCAGAGUGUCUUGGUAGCUCGGAAUGUGCGCAAGAUAAAGCUUGCAUAAAUAACAAGUGCACAAAUCCUUGUCCAAAACCCUGCGGUAGAAAUACCGAUUGCAAAGUUAUUGGUCAUAGCCCGAUAUGUUCCUGUAAAAGGUCAUUCACUGGAGAUCCAUUCACUCUGUGCACCCUUAUACAAUAUGAAGCACCACCUGCUGUUCGAGAUCCAUGCAUACCAUCACCUUGCGGUCCAAAUGCUAUAUGCCGAGAUAUCGGGAAUACUCCGUCCUGCUCUUGUUCUCCAAACUUUAUAGGAAGUCCACCAAACUGCCGUCCGGAAUGUACCAUUCAUUCGGAUUGCCCAAGUGACAAAGCUUGUAUAAAUACUAAGUGUCAAGACCCCUGUCCUGGUUCUUGCGGGAUAUUGGCGUCAUGCAACGUACUCAAUCACAUACCAAUUUGUACUUGUAUUGAAGGGCACGUCGGUGAUCCAUUCACUAUUUGUAGACCACAACCAUUAAACGUGGAACCAGUGAUAACGGACGCAUGUAGUAAUGUAAGAUGCGGAUCUAAUGCUGAGUGCAUUAAUGGACAAUGUCAAUGCUUGCCUGAAUACCAUGGUGAUCCCUAUUAUAGCUGUCGACCAGAAUGCAUAUUUAGUACAGAUUGCGAUGAAAAGAAAGCAUGUGUUCAAAGACAUUGUGUAGAUCCAUGUAUUGACACUUGUGGAUUAAACGCUGUUUGCCAAGUAGUAAAUCAUAUACCUAUGUGCAGUUGUCACGAUGGGUUCACAGGAAACGCAUUUGUAACCUGCAAUCCAAUUAAAGUACCUACUGUGGAACACACAUGUAGCACGGCAAUUUGUGGUCCUAAUAGUCAAUGUCGUGAAAUUAAUGGGCAGGCAGUUUGUUCGUGCAUGCCGACAUAUUUGGGAGUACCGCCGGCAUGUAGGCCGGAGUGUGCUGUAAACUCCGAAUGUCCACAAAAUAAAGCAUGCAUCAAACAAAAGUGUGUCAACCCAUGUGUCGGUGCGUGUGGAAUAAGAGCAACGUGUGAAGUAAUAAAUCAUAAUCCGAUAUGUGCUUGUCCUUAUACCCAUACCGGCGAUCCAUUUGUUAGCUGCGUGUAUAUUGUUGAUGUACCACCUGUAACAGUCAAUCCCUGUCAGCCUUCACCAUGUGGCCCAAACUCUUUGUGUCAAGAAAUAAAUGGCAAUCCUUCAUGUACUUGUUUGCCGGAAUUUAAGGGAGAGCCUCCAUACUGUAGGCCAGAAUGUAUAAGCAAUAGCGAGUGUCCACCGCUCUUAGCAUGCAUUAAUCAGAAAUGCAAAGACCCUUGCAUUAAUACUUGCGGCGUGAAUGCAGAAUGUAGGGUAGUCAGCCAUUCUGCGAUGUGUGUAUGUCCGACUGGAUAUACAGGAGAUCCGUUCGCACAGUGUUCCUUACAGACAAUAGUUGAGAAUUUAACUCCAUGUUCACCGUCACCGUGUGGCUUAAAUGCUAUUUGCAAAGAACAAAAUAAGGUCGGCUCAUGCACUUGCGCUGAAGGAUAUUUCGGGAACCCAUAUGACAGCUGCCGACCCGAGUGUAUCAGCGAUUCUGACUGUCCCGGAAACCAAGCUUGUAUUGGCAUCAAAUGUCAAAAUCCAUGUCCAGGCAAGUGUGGUUUAAAUGCUGAAUGUGCGACAGUUAACCAUGCACCAAUAUGUAGCUGCAUUAGCGGAUAUACUGGAGAUGCAUUUAGAAGGUGUAAUCCAAUACCUUUGAAGGACAAGACGCCCACAAAUAUAUGUUAUCCGAGUCCUUGCGGACCAAACAGUCAAUGCAAAGUUCUUAAUGACCAAGCGGUUUGUAGUUGCUUACCAAACUUUAUUGGUGAACCGCCAACAUGUAAACCCGAAUGCGUUUUAAAUUCUGAAUGUUCUUUCGAUAAAUCGUGUAUAAACCAAAAAUGCAUAAAUCCAUGCCCAGGCCCAUGCGGCCAAAAAACAGAAUGUCGUGUUUUUAAUCACAAUCCAGUAUGUAGCUGCUUACCAGGUUUAACUGGAGAUCCAUUCGUCAGGUGCUUCCCUAAACCAAUUGAACAACAACAAAUUAAUGAAUUUUUUGAUCCAUGCGUUCCUUCACCCUGUGGCAACAACGCUGUAUGUAGAAAUGUCAACGAACAACCAUCUUGUUCAUGUCUACCGAACUACUUUGGUAGCCCACCAAACUGUAGACCAGAAUGUACAACAAAUCAAGAUUGCCCCAGUUCAUUAGCAUGCGUAAACGAGAAAUGUCGCAAUCCUUGCUCUGGUGCUUGUGGUCAACAUGCGAAUUGCUUCGUAAUAAACCAUCUUGCUAUUUGUGCUUGUACAGAAGGUUUUAAAGGAGAUCCAUUUACAGGGUGCACGCCUCAACCGAUUGAAGAUGUUCCAAUUGAUUUAUGUAAUCCUUCACCAUGUGGCUCCAAUACUGAGUGUAAUGAAGGCAGUUGCACCUGUCUUCAAGAUUACCAUGGAGACCCCUACGUGGGAUGCAGACCGGAAUGUUUAAUAAGCACAGAUUGUCAUCAAUAUCAAAUAUGCUCUAACAAAAAAUGCAUAAAUCCUUGUCCGGACACUUGCGGAAGUGGUGCCAAGUGUGAAGUUGUAAACCAUAUACCUAUGUGCAGUUGUCCUGAUGGAUUUACCGGUAAUUCAUUCGUAGCUUGCACACCAGUUCAAGCUCAAAUAGCAUCAAAUCCUUGUAAUCCGAGUCCAUGUGGACCAAAUAGUCAAUGUCGUGAAAUAAAUAACGUAGCUGUUUGCUCCUGUGUACCUGGAUUUUCUGGCAACCCCCCAGCGUGUAGACCCGAAUGUACGACAAGCAGUGAAUGUCCCUUACAUAAGGCUUGUAAUAACUACAAGUGCAUAAACCCAUGCGUAGGAGCAUGUGGUUCCAAUGCUUUGUGUGAAGUUGUGAAUCAUAAUCCGAUUUGUACUUGUCCAAAUGAUUACACAGGAGAUCCAUUUACUAGAUGCGAACCGAAAAGACUUGAAAUAAUACAACAAGUGAAUCCCUGUACGCCAUCACCAUGUGGACCGAACUCUAUUUGCCAAUCUAUAAAUGAACUGCCUUCUUGCUCCUGUAUGCCAGAAUUUAUUGGGGCUCCGCCAAACUGUCGUCCUGAAUGCACGAGUAACAGCGAAUGUCCUAAUCAUAAGGCAUGCAUAAACAACAAAUGCUCUGACCCAUGUGUGUCUGCCUGCGGUUCGUUGGCACAAUGUCGAGUUGUCAGUCAUACACCAAAUUGUGUCUGCCCACCCGGUUACACAGGAGAUCCUUUUGUAGUUUGUAGAGAACAACCUGUUUUAGCAAUAGAGCACGUAACACCUUGCACGCCAUCGCCAUGUGGAAGUAAUGCUAUUUGCAAAGAACGUAAUAGCGUUGGUUCUUGCGUAUGUUUCCCAGGAUAUUUCGGUAAUCCUUAUGAAGGGUGUCGUCCAGAAUGUGUUGUAAACACUGAUUGUCCUUCAAACAGAGUCUGUCAACAAAAUAAAUGCCGGGAUCCUUGUCCUGGCACUUGUGGUCUCAAUGCUCAAUGUGAUACUAUAAACCACGCUCCAAUGUGCAUUUGUAUAUCUGGUUAUACAGGCAAUCCUUACCAAUCUUGUGUCUUCAUUCAAGCUGUAGAAGUUCCUACUGACCCAUGUGCUCCGACACCAUGUGGGCCCAAUAGUUUAUGUAAAGUAAUAAACGAGCAAGCUGUAUGUACUUGCAAACAAGAUUAUCAUGGUACACCACCAAACUGCAGACCUGAGUGUGUUAUAAGUGCAGAAUGUCCAAUAAACAAAGCAUGCGUUAACAAUAAAUGCAUUGAUCCCUGCAUUAAUCAAUGUGGACUAAAUGCUAACUGCAUCGUUAUAAAUCAUAGUCCAAUAUGCAGCUGUAAAGAUCGUUUUACUGGCGACCCGUUCUCUCGAUGCUAUCCUGUACUCUCACAACCACCAGUGGAAGUUCCUAAAAAUCCAUGUUCACCGUCACCAUGCGGACUGUUUAGCGAAUGCAGAGAUGUUGGAGGGAUACCAUCUUGCACUUGUUUACAAGAUUACUUUGGCGCACCACCAAAUUGCCGUCCUGAAUGUGUUAUAAAUUCAGACUGUUCAAGUAACUUUGCUUGCAUUAACCAAAAAUGUCGAGACCCCUGUCCUGGAUCAUGCGGCAUUAAUGCUGAAUGCCAUGUCAAGAAUCACAUUCCAAUUUGCACUUGUUUUGAGAACUUUGUUGGGGACGCUUUUACGGAAUGUAAGCUCCAAGAUGAGCCAAUUAAGGAUGAAGUAGAUCUUUGUAAUCCUUCGCCAUGUGGAUUGAAUGCCAUUUGCAAUGAUGGUGUCUGUUCUUGUUUAUCAGAAUACCAGGGCGAUCCUUACUUUGAAUGUCGUCCCGAAUGUGUCCUUAGUUCAGAUUGUUCGCAAAACAAGGCUUGUUAUAAAAAUAAAUGCGUCAAUCCCUGCAAUAGCAAUGUUUGUGCUCCAAGCGCAAUAUGUGAGGUUAUAAAUCAUGUGCCUAUGUGUAGAUGCCCAGAAGGAAUGGCAGGAAAUGCAUUUGUUCAAUGUGCAGAACGGGAAGUCGUGAGACCGGAGCCAUGUACGCCCAGCCCAUGUGGACCUAAUAGUCAAUGCCGUAAUAUUAAUGGACAAGCAGUUUGUUCUUGCUUAAUCGGAUUUAUUGGCAAUCCACCAUCAUGCAGGCCUGAAUGUAUUGUCAGUACGGAUUGUUUACCAGAUGAAGCUUGUAGUAAUAGAAAAUGCAUAAAGCCAUGUUUUGGAGCUUGUGGCGUUGGGGCAAAAUGUCAAGUUAUUAAUCAUAACCCCAUAUGUUCCUGUCCAAUUUCUUAUACGGGAAAUCCAUUUAUGAGAUGCAUUAAACAAGAAUUCAUCCCAGAACCAGUCAAUCCUUGCAUUCCAUCGCCAUGUGGACCUAAUUCUAUUUGCAAAGAGGUAUCUGGCUCACCUAGUUGUUCAUGUCAGACCGGUUAUAUCGGCGCACCGCCUUAUUGUAAGCCAGAAUGUAUUUCCAAUACGGAAUGUCCAAAUCACCGAGCUUGUAUUAACCAGAAAUGUGUAGAUCCAUGUAUUGGAAGCUGUGGUUUGAAUGCUGAAUGUCACGUCAUAAGUCAUUCGCCAUCUUGUACUUGUAUUCAAGACUAUACUGGCAAUCCAUUUAUUGAAUGUCACAGAAUUCAAAUAAUCCAGGAAAUAGCAACACCAUGUUCACCAUCUCCUUGCGGCGCGAAUGCUGUUUGUAAGGAAUUAAAUAACGCAGGAUCAUGUACAUGUUUGCCGGAUUUCUUAGGAAACCCCUAUGAUGGAUGUAGGCCAGAAUGUCUUAUAAACACAGAUUGUCCAUCGGAUAAGGCUUGUCUUCAAAGCAAGUGCAGUAACCCUUGCCCCGGUGCGUGUGCGCCUAAUGCUAUUUGUCAAGUUGUUAACCACGCUCCAUCUUGUUCUUGCAAUCCUGGAUAUACUGGAGAUCCUUUCCGAUUUUGCACACCAAAUCAAAUUGUAAACACUCCGAUUGACAUAUGCCAACCAUCGCCAUGUGGGCCAAACAGCCGUUGCAAAGAAGUAAAUAAGCAAGCGGUAUGUUCUUGUAUGCCAAAUUUCAUUGGGUCUCCGCCUGGCUGUCAUCCAGAGUGUGUCAUUAGUACAGAAUGUCCAACAAAUAAAGCGUGUAUAAAUCAAAGAUGCGAGGAUCCAUGUGUCGGUGCUUGUGGAAGUAACACAGUUUGCAAUGUCAAUAAUCACAGUCCGAUUUGUAAUUGUAAGUUAGGAUACACUGGAGAUCCAUUUUCAAGAUGCAACCCCAUGCCACCGCCAAUAGCAAACGCUAUACUGGAACCUUACACGAAUCCCUGUGUGCCGUCACCUUGCGGGCCAAAUUCUAUAUGUCAAGAAAGAGGCUCUAUACCAUCAUGCACAUGUAUGCCAAAUUUUGUCGGCAACCCACCAAAUUGUAGACCAGAAUGUGUAGUAAACUCUGAAUGCCCUCCAACUAAAGCUUGUAUGCGGCAAAAAUGUCAAGAUCCUUGCGUCGGAUCAUGCGGCAUUAAUGCUGAGUGUGCAGUUUCUAGACACACGCCACUGUGCACGUGUCCAGAGGGAUAUACCGGUGAUGCAUUUACAUUAUGCCUACUGAAACCGUCUAGUGAACCAAUUGAAACCGAUCAAUGUAAUCCAUCACCAUGUGGUAGUAACGCCCAAUGUAAUGAAGGAGUAUGCACUUGCAUAGCUGAACACCAAGGAGAUCCAUACAUAGGAUGUCGUCCAGAAUGCGUCUUGAGUAUGGACUGUCCAAGAGACCGAGCUUGCAUGAGAAAUAAAUGCGUCGACCCGUGUCCGGGUACAUGUGGUACAUCGGCAAUUUGUGAUGUAAUCGACCAUGUGCCUAUGUGUAGCUGUCCUCAAGGAAUGACAGGAAAUGCUUUUUACAGUUGUCAGCCUAUAAGAGUUCCAGUUAAUUUGAAUCCAUGUAACCCAACUCCAUGCGGUCCUAACAGUCAAUGUAAAGAGAUCAAUGGACAGGCAGUAUGUACGUGUGCACCAAGGUUUGUAGGAAGCCCUCCAUCGUGCCGACCAGAGUGUAUUAUAAGCUCAGACUGCGCACUUAACAAAGCUUGUAGUAAUCAAAAAUGCAUUGAUCCAUGCAAAGGAUCUUGUGGGGUAAACGCAAAAUGUGAAGUUGUCAAACACAAUCCAAUAUGCACAUGUCCCCCCAAAUAUACUGGUGAUCCAUUCAUAAGAUGCGUGCCAUAUAAUCCGGUUGCUGACGUUACACCAUGCACUCCUUCACCAUGUGGUCCUAACUCUAUUUGCAAAGAAAUAUCCAACGCACCUUCUUGCGCUUGCAUGACAGACUUUUUCGGCUCUCCGCCAUUCUGCAGACCAGAAUGUAUUAGUAAUAGUGAAUGCCCGACACAUAAAGCGUGCAUUAAUCAAAAAUGUAAAGACCCCUGUGAAAAUGCAUGCGGCUCCAAUUCACAGUGCAAAACAAUAAGUCAUUCGCCGAUGUGCUUCUGCAAAUCGGGAUAUAUCGGAGAUCCAUUUUCUAGCUGCUACAUUCAAAACGAAUAUAUACCAGAAAAAUCCUCUCCAUGUGAACCUUCACCGUGUGGCUCCAAUGCUGUUUGUAAAGAACAAAAUUCAGUAGGCUCGUGUUCUUGUUUACCGGACUAUCUUGGAAAUCCUUAUGAAGGCUGUCGCCCUGAGUGUACUAUUAAUACAGAUUGUCCACCAAAUAAAAAUUGUUUGCGUAAUAAAUGCCAAGAUCCCUGUCCAGGUACGUGUGGAAUACUGGCAGAAUGUGCUGUAGUAAACCACGUACCAAUGUGUUCAUGUGUGCAAGGGUAUACUGGUGACCCGUAUCGUGGAUGUCAGAUACAAGAAAUAGUCUCGGAGCCUGUAACGCCUUGCACUCCAAAUCCUUGCGGUCCCAACAGUAUUUGCAAGCCAAUGAAUGGCCAAAGCGUUUGCUCUUGCAUGCCUAAUAAUAUAGGCACACCUCCGGGUUGCAGGCCAGAAUGUACUGUAAGCUCGGAAUGUUCUAUUGGCAGGGCAUGUGUCAAUCGUAAAUGCAUUAAUCCUUGUCCUGGGCCUUGUGGAAUAAAUACUGAAUGCAAAGUUGUCGCUCACAGUCCUAUUUGUAUUUGCCGCUCAGGAUUCACAGGCGAUCCCUUUACUAGAUGCUAUCAACAAGCUCCAGUACAAAUUGUUCCUGAAACACAAAGAGACCCAUGUUUACCCAACCCAUGUGGAGCAAAUGCAUUAUGUAGAAAUAUUAAUAAUUCGCCAUCUUGCGCAUGCAUGCUAGGAUUCCUAGGCCUUCCUCCUAAUUGUCAUCCAGAGUGUACAAUCAAUCAAGAUUGUCCUUCUAACAUGGCAUGUUUAAAUAUGAAAUGUCAAGACCCUUGUCCAGGAAGUUGUGGACAAAACGCUUUGUGUAAUGUUUUCAAUCAUUUCCCGGCGUGCACAUGUCAAUCAGGAUUUAGUGGGGAUCCAUUUUCACGAUGUUCCCCAGUUCUUCCAGUUCAAGAGGAGAAGCCGAGAGAUCCUUGCAAUCCAUCACCUUGUGGCUUUAAUUCGCAAUGCAAUAAUGGAGUAUGUUCAUGUUUACAAAAUUACUUCGGAGAUCCCUAUUUAGGAUGCAAACCAGAAUGUGUAAAUAAUAUGGAAUGUGCGUUGGACAAGGUGUGCGUUGGUAACAGAUGUGUGAACCCUUGCCCAGGCUCAUGCGCUUCGACAGCAGAAUGCAAUGUUUAUAACCAUGUACCAAUAUGCACAUGUCCUGCAGGAACAACCGGCAAUGCAUUUUCUGAAUGUCGCAAAGUAGAAACUGUUCAGGUGAUACCCUGUAACCCGAGUCCUUGUGGUCCAAACAGUCAAUGCCGACCGGUAAAUAAUCAGGCAGUGUGUUCAUGUUUACCUUCAUAUAUCGGAAGUCCACCUUCUUGCCGCCCAGAAUGCACAAUCAGUGCUGAAUGUCCAUUAAAUGAAGCUUGCAACAACCAUAAAUGUAUCAACCCAUGCAAAGGAUCUUGCGGAUACGGCGCUAGAUGUGAAGUGGUGAAUCAUAACCCAAUAUGUUCUUGUCCAGAUCAACAAACUGGAGAUCCAUUUUCAAGGUGUUAUCCUAUAGUUUCAAGCCCACCGGAACCAAUAGAUCCUUGUACACCGUCACCUUGUGGCCCGUAUUCGAUAUGCAAAGUUAUAGGGGAAUCUCCCUCCUGCUCAUGUCAAAAUGAUUUUAUUGGAUCACCGCCUAACUGCCAUCCUGAAUGUAUCAGCAACUCAGAGUGCUCGAGUAAUCAAGCAUGCAUCAAUCAAAAAUGUAAAGAUCCCUGCCCGGGACCUUGUGGUUACAACUCAGAUUGUAAAGUGAUAAGUCACGCUCUCGUAUGUACUUGUCCUUAUGGUCAAACUGGCGAUCCUCUCUCGUCCUGCACUCCAGUAAAAGAUGCUGUAAUUGAAUACAAUUCGCCCUGUGAGCCAUCUCCUUGUGGACUCAACGCAGAAUGUGUGGAAAGGAAUGGAGCGGGGUCUUGCCGCUGCGUCGAAUCUUAUACUGGGAACCCUUACGAGGGAUGUCGUCCUGAAUGUGUUAUUAAUAGCGAUUGCAGUUCAAGAUUUGCUUGUGUUCAAAAUAAAUGUAAAGAUCCCUGUCCCGGUACCUGUGCACCAAACGGAAUUUGCCAAGUCAUCAACCACGUGCCCUCGUGUUACUGUCCCCCGGGACUCACUGGCGACCCAUACACAUACUGCAGAGAUAAAAUCGAAGAUACACCUAUUACUGCACCUUGUUCGCCAUCGCCCUGUGGUCCUAAUAGCAUUUGCCGUGAAGUAAAUUCACAGUCCGUAUGCAGUUGUCAAGAAAGUUAUGUAGGGGUCCCGCCUAACUGUCGUCCAGAAUGUACGAUAAACAGCGAGUGUCCUAGUGACAAAUCUUGUAUAAAUAGAAAAUGUGUUGAUCCUUGUAUAGGACAAUGCGGCAGAAAUGCUUACUGUAGAGUUAUUUCUCAUAACCCAAUUUGUUCAUGUCAAGAACGCUUUACUGGUGAUCCUUUCUCACAUUGCACUCCACAUACCAUAGCAAUUUACACAGAGCCGGUUAAUCCUUGUGUACCAUCACCGUGUGGACCUAACUCACAAUGUCAAGAGCAAAACGGUGUAGCACGUUGCACGUGCAUGCCCAACUAUAUUAGCUCUCCACCACAAUGUCGACCAGAGUGCACGAUACAUUCUGAGUGCAGCCCUAUGAAAGCGUGCAUAAACAACAAGUGUGCUGACCCAUGCCCGGGUGCUUGCGGCCUAAACGCUCUAUGCUCUGUCUUUAACCACAUGCCGUUGUGUUCUUGUGUGUCAGGGUAUACAGGAGACCCAUUUACUAGCUGUAUUUUAGAAAUCCAUGACGAGAGACCGAUAGACCCGUGUACUCCAUCGCCAUGUGGGUCGAAUGCAAUUUGUGAUAAUGGUGUUUGCACAUGUCUUCCUGAAUAUCAAGGCGAUCCGUACAUUGGGUGCAAACCUGAAUGUGUAUUAAAUUCUGACUGUGUAAAAACAAAAGCAUGCAUUAAUAAUAAAUGUAUGGAUCCAUGUGUGGGAACUUGCGGCAGUGAUGCUAUUUGUGAAGUGUUUAAUCAUAUACCGAUAUGUAGCUGUGCGCAAGGGACAACUGGUUCACCGUUCUAUUACUGCACCAAAAUUAUGGAUAUUCCAGUUACUACUAAUCUUUGUGAACCGACGCCAUGUGGACCAUAUAGCCAGUGUCGUGAAUUUAACGGUCAUGCUGUUUGUACUUGCAUACAAGGGUACAUCGGUAACCCUCCAAACUGCCACCCAGAAUGUACCGUCAGUUCCGAUUGUCCAUUAACGAAGGCUUGUUCUAAUCAAAAAUGUAUAGACCCAUGUCCUGGAGCAUGCGGUCGUAACACUCAUUGCGUUGUAGUCAAUCAUAAUCCAAUAUGUACAUGUUUAAAUGGUUUCUCUGGAGAUCCAUUCUCAGUUUGUCAACCAAUAGCCGCUACUCCACCGCCUAAAAUUAAUCCAUGUUUACCAUCACCAUGUGGACCUAAUUCAGUGUGUACAGAAAACGGAGACAAUGCGCAGUGUAGAUGUUUGCCGGACUAUAUUGGUUCACCACCGAGCUGUAGACCAGAGUGUACAAGUAACACCGAUUGUAGCACAAAUAUGGCUUGUAUUAAUAAGAAAUGUAAAGAUCCUUGUGUUGGCUCAUGUGGAUUAAAUGCAGAGUGCAGAGUUGUAAGCCAUACUCCUAUUUGUUUAUGUCAACCCAGAUAUACGGGUGAUCCCUUCAUAUCAUGUCAUGUAGAAGAAGCACCAGUCAUUAUUGAAAGACCAACGCCAUGUAUACCGUCACCUUGUGGUACCAACGCUAUAUGUAGAGAGCAAAACGAUGUUGGAUCAUGCACGUGUACUCCUGGUUAUUUUGGUGAUCCAUAUACGGGAUGCAAACCGGAAUGUCUAUUAAACUCUGAUUGCUCAACAAAUCUAGCUUGUAUGCAAAGCAAAUGUCGUGACCCAUGCCCCGGAACCUGUGGAAUAAACGCACUAUGUAAUGUAGUCAACCACAUACCGAGUUGCAUAUGUCCGGAUCAACACUAUGGAGAUCCAUAUAAAAUCUGCAACUAUAGACCACAAAUCGAGAAAACGGAUCCCUGCAAUCCUUCUCCCUGUGGACCAAAUAGUCAAUGUAGAGCUCAAAACGAAUUGGCAAUAUGUACUUGUUUGAGCGAAUACCAAGGAUCACCACCAGACUGUCGUCCCGAGUGCUUAACUAGUUCCGAAUGUGCACUUGACAAAUUAUGCGAAAACUUCAAAUGCGUGAAUCCUUGUCCCAAAGGUUGCGGUCUUAAUACGGAGUGCAGAAUAAUUAAACACAAUCCUAUUUGCUCUUGCAAACAAGGAUAUACUGGCGAUCCAUUUUCUAUUUGCCACAAAAUUAUCGAAUACCAGUCAGUCGACAUUCAACCAGUAAAUCCAUGUGUACCAUCUCCUUGUGGGCUAAAUUCUGAAUGUCGAGAAGUUAAUAAUAUGGCUUCGUGUUCGUGCAUUCAAGGAUUCUUUGGAAGCCCGCCUAACUGUAAACCAGAAUGUGUGGUUAAUUCUGAAUGUAGUAACAAUAGAGCGUGUAUCAAUAUGAAGUGCCAGGAUCCUUGUAUUGGAUCAUGUGGGUUCAAUGCAAUUUGCAGUACAGUAGGUCAUGUGCCAGUUUGCUCAUGUCCGGAAUCAUAUGGAGGCGAUCCAUUCACAGCUUGUACUCCUAAACAACCAGAACCGCAAAAAGACUUUAAUUUGUGUAAUCCAUCUCCUUGCGGACCAAAUGCUGUUUGUAGCAGCAAUGGAACUUGCACAUGCCUACCUGAAUUCUUUGGAGAUCCAUACUUCAAUUGUCGUCCGGAAUGUGUUCUCAACUCCGAUUGUCCUUCAAUAAAAGCAUGUGUACGAAAUAAAUGCAUUAAUCCAUGCAUAAACAUGUGCGGUAUGAAUGCAGAGUGCAAUGUCUAUAACCAUAUCGCCAUUUGCAGUUGCCCCAGUGGUAUGACUGGAGACGCAUUUAGACAAUGUUUGAAAGUUGAGGAACCUGAAAUUAUGCCGUGCGAACCCUCACCAUGCGGACCAAAUAGCUUAUGUAGAAACAGUAACGGUCAAGCUGUCUGCACAUGCAUAAAGGGAUUUAUAGGAAACCCGCCUAAUUGUCGACCUGAGUGUAUUCAAAGCUCAGAUUGUUCACCAUCUUUGGCCUGCAUCAAUAGAAAAUGUCAAGAUCCCUGUCCUGGAUCGUGCGGUUCUAACGCAAUAUGUAAUGUAGUUAACCACAAUCCUAUAUGUUCAUGUCCUCCAAGAUAUACAGGAUCGCCAUUUUCACAUUGCUAUGUUACGCAGAAUAUUAUUGAGGAGCAUCCCAGCAAUCCUUGCGUACCAUCUCCGUGUGGACCGAAUAGUAUCUGUAGGUCAUCACCCGACGGCAGCUCCCACGUUUGUUCUUGUUUACCUACAUUUGAAGGAGUUCCGCCUCAAUGCAGACGAGAAUGUUCGUCAAAUGAAGAAUGUCCAUCAGAUAAGAGUUGUAUAAACUACAAAUGUCAAGAUCCUUGUCCAGGGUCUUGUGGUCUUAAUACAUUAUGCGCAGUCAGAAUUCAUACGGUAAUGUGUUCUUGUCAAGAAGGCUAUUCUGGAGAUCCAUUCGUGUCAUGCUACCAAGUACCUCAGACGAUAGAAGCACAAGACCCAUGUAAUCCAACGCCAUGCGGGCCUAAUGCUCGUUGCAAAGUUUCCAAUAUUGGUGCAGCUGCAUGCAUUUGUGAACCUGGAUACUUUGGAAAUCCUUACGAAUCUUGUAGACCGGAGUGUGUAACAAACAAUGAUUGUUCUUAUAGCAAAUCCUGUAUAAGAAACAAAUGUGAGGACCCAUGUCCGGGUGCAUGUGGGUCUGUCGCAGAAUGUCACGUCAUUAACCACCUGCCUUCAUGUUCUUGCCCAAGCGGAUAUACUGGCGAUCCAUAUGCCUUCUGUCACAGAAUUAUUAAUGAACCAGAGCCAAAACCACAAAAUCCAUGUUUACCAAACCCAUGUGGAAGUAAUUCAAUAUGUAAGGACAAUAACGGAAUAGCUUCUUGCUCUUGCAUGCCUGAAUAUUUCGGAACACCUCCAAGUUGUCGUCCUGAAUGUACAGUCAACACUGAAUGUUCUGCGACAAAAAGUUGUGUUAGGCAUAAAUGUGUCGACCCAUGCAUCGGUGUUUGCGGCCAUAAUGCUAUAUGUAGAGUUGUAAAUCACUCGCCAAUAUGUUCAUGCAAACAAGAACACGAAGGGGACCCAUUUAUAAGAUGUACCAUGAUACAAAAAACUCCAGUUGCCGAAGUAAAUCCGUGCAUACCCUCACCGUGUGGGCCAAAUUCGCUUUGUCAGACAGUAAAUCAGGCUUCUGUUUGUACAUGCAUGGAAAAUUAUAUAGGAUCACCGCCAAAUUGUAGACCAGAAUGUACAAUUAACUCUGAUUGUCCGUAUAGCAAGGCUUGCGUAAACCAGAAAUGUAAAGAUCCAUGUAUAGGCUCUUGCGGACUACAGACGGUAUGUCAAGUGCAACAACAUACUGCAAUAUGCAGCUGUCUAGAAGGAUACACUGGCAAUCCCUUCGAAAAUUGCUACAUUAAGGGAGUGAUAGAGCAAAUUCCAGACGUUUAUGACAGUUGCAAUCCUAGUCCAUGUGGAGCUAAUGCGGAGUGUAAUGACGGCAUAUGCUCAUGCAAACCAGAUUACUUCGGAAAUCCCUAUCUCAGCUGUCGUCCAGAAUGUACCCAUAACUCCGACUGUCCACUUAAUCAAGCAUGUUCAAGAAAUAAGUGUAUCAAUCCUUGUAUCAAUUUAUGUGGCCAAGGCGCAAAUUGUGAAGUAUACAAUCACAUACCGAUGUGUAGUUGCCCGCCAAAAACCGUUGGAAAUGCGUUCUUUUCAUGUACUCCGAUGAAAGAUGAAAUUGUCAAAACGAAUCCUUGUUUACCAUCUCCGUGUGGGCCAUACAGUGAAUGUCGAGCAAUCAACGAGCAGGCGAUGUGCUCGUGCUUGUUAGGUUACAUUGGAGCUCCGCCUUCAUGUAGGCCCGAGUGCGUAGUAGAUUCUGAAUGCACCCUUUCAUUGGCUUGUUCGAAUCAAAAGUGUAUAGAUCCAUGUCUAGGUUCCUGCGGUAUAAAUGCAGAGUGCAAAGUUCACGUACAUAAACCGAUAUGCUACUGCCAAAAAGGAUUUACAGGAGAUCCGUUCUCUCAUUGCUCAAUUACAAAAUAUGAACCACAGCCAAAACCAACACCGUGUGAACCGUCACCUUGUGGUCCAAACUCUGUAUGUAAAGCAUCCGGAGAAACGCCAUCAUGCUCUUGCAUGGUCGGGUACUUUGGAAAUCCACCGUAUUGCAGACCUGAAUGUGUCACUAAUAGCGACUGCGAUUACAACAAAUCUUGUAUAAAUAAUAAAUGUAUCGAUCCUUGCAUUGGAGCUUGUGGCGCGAAUGCCGAAUGUCGCAUUAUUAGUCAUUCGCCUCAAUGUUAUUGCCAAACCGGAUAUGAAGGAAAUCCGUUUGAUCAGUGUGUUCCGAUAAAAGUCACCGUCACAACACCAAUGGAACAAAUUCAACCAUGCUUACCCAACCCCUGUGGCGCAAAUGCUAUUUGCCGCGAGCGAAAUAAUGUCGCAAGUUGUAUGUGUAUAAGUGGAUUCUUUGGUAACCCAUACGAGGGAUGUAGACCAGAAUGUGUGGUAAACUCGGACUGCUCCUCGAGCCUGACGUGCAUCAAUAAUAAAUGUCAAGACCCAUGUCCAGGUUUUUGUGGUAUUAAUGCAGAAUGCAUUACGAUUAACCAUAUACCACAAUGUAAUUGUUUAUCAGGAUUAGUUGGAAAUCCUUAUGAACGCUGUAUCCAAAGAGAAGAACCGCCUACUGACCCAUGUACUCCAUCACCGUGUGGACCAUACAGCACAUGCCGGACUUCAAACAAUCAGGCAAUAUGUACAUGUUUGCCAGACUAUAUAGGCAACCCACCAAAUUGUAGACCUGAAUGUGUCACGAGUUCAGAAUGUCAAUUAAAUAAGGCAUGUGUUAAACAAAAAUGUAUAGAUCCAUGCAUCGGUAUGUGCGGUGAAAAUGCGCAAUGUCGCGUUCAUCAUCAUAGUCCAUAUUGCACUUGUCUUCUCGGAUAUGAAGGAGAUCCAUUUAUUAGAUGUACUCAAGAAAAGCAACAAUCUCCAGCGAUAAAAUCCCCGUGUGAACCUAAUCCAUGUGGGCCGUUUUCAACAUGCAGAGACGUCGCUGGAACUGCCUCUUGCACUUGUUGGCCAGGAUACUUCGGCAUACCUCCACAAUGCUCUCCGGAAUGUACAAUUAAUGAAGAUUGUCCCAUGAAUAAAGCUUGUGUAAGGGAAAAAUGUGUUGAUCCUUGCAUAGGCUCUUGUGCUGCUAAUGCAGAUUGCCAUGCAAUGAAUCAUUUAGCUAUGUGCACAUGCCGUAAAGGAUAUCAAGGCGACCCAUUUGUAGGAUGUUCCGUUGCUGCAGAUGUUAUACCCCAUUUAGACCCAUGUGAAAGAUCGCCUUGUGGUAUAAAUGCGGUUUGUGAUAAUGGAACUUGCUCAUGUAUACCUAAUUAUCAUGGCAAUCCGUACUUUGAAUGUCGACCAGAAUGUACAAGUGAUGCGGAUUGCAAUAAAAAUUUAGCUUGUGUCAAUUAUAAAUGUGUAAAUCCGUGUAUAAACGCUUGCGGUCUUAACGCAGUUUGCAACGUAUAUAAUCACUUGGCUAUUUGCGAGUGUCCGAGCCCUCUAAGUGGAGAUCCUUUUAUCUCGUGCCAUAUUAUAACAGCUACAGUUGUCUCUGAUCCGUGCACACCAAACCCCUGUGGUCCAAACACAAUAUGUCGCGCAGAUGGUACAGUAGCACACUGCUCUUGCCGACCCACAAUGUUGGAGGAAUCACUGGGAUGUCGACCGGAAUGUCGAAUAGACUCAGAUUGUCCAUCAGACCGUGCUUGCCGAAACAGAAAGUGUCAAGAUCCUUGUCCAGGAUCGUGUGGUGCCCAUGCAUUAUGUCAAACUCGGUUACAUUCACCUAUCUGUAGUUGCCCGGUUCUUUAUACCGGUGAUCCAUUUACUCGUUGUUUACCAGUAUCCCAGACGGAGAUUGAAGAAAAGUCAAAGUGUUCAAAUUGCGGACCGAAUGCGGAAUGUGUGAAUGGCGUUUGCAAAUGUCGCAUCAAUUAUCUCGGCAGCCCACCAUUGUGCCACAUUGAAUGCAUAAGAUCAAGCGAUUGUGACUGGCGCCAUUCAUGUUUAAAUAGACGAUGCGUAGAUCCGUGUCCAGGCGCCUGUGGUCAAGGCGCGAUCUGUACAGCAGUAGCUCACGAACCACGAUGCAGUUGUCCCUCGGCCUCUACCAGCAAUCCCCUUAUAGAAUGUCACCCCAUCGAAAAUAUUCCUAAACCACCUAAUGAUCCAUGUAUUCCGUCACCAUGCGGUCCCGGUGCAAUAUGUCGCAGCAGUGGGUCUGGAGCCACCUGCGAGUGCGAACUUGGCCUAAGGGGUGAUCCGUACACAGGCUGUCGUCCAGAAUGUGUAGCAGAUUCCGAUUGCUCACCUAGCCGCGCAUGUAUACGAUCACACUGCCGGGACCCAUGUGAGGGUACCUGUGGAGUUGGAGCCGAAUGUGAAACCGUUAAUCAUAUUCCUCAAUGCUCAUGUCCAUCUGGAACAAGAGGAAAUGCUUUCGAAAAAUGUGAAGUCGUUAUUCCAGUCCCGCCGUGUACACCGUCCCCCUGCGGACCGGGUGCCUUAUGUACAGUAGCAGGUAACAAAGCAAUAUGCUCCUGCCCUAUCGGCACAAGUGGGGACGCAUCAUCUACGGGAUGCAGACCAGAAUGUGUUGUUAGCUCGGAAUGCCCAAGAGAUCGGGCAUGCGUGCGCAACAAAUGUAUAGACCCAUGUAUUAAUACUUGCGGCAAUGGAGCAAUGUGCAGAGUUUUCGACCACGCACCGAUAUGUUCAUGUCCUCCAUCUACAACCGGUGAUCCAUUUAUUGACUGCAGAGCAAAAGUACCACCUACUGCCGGAACACCAACAGUAUAUGAUCCGUGUGACCCCAACCCAUGUGGUCCGUAUGGCAUAUGUCGUGAUGGUUUCUGCACAUACCCAGAAUGUAUCGUCAACGACGAUUGUCCUGGUGACAGGUCUUGUAUCAACAGAAAAUGUGGAGAUCCUUGCGUAAAUGCUUGUGGUAUAAAUGCAAUUUGUACCGGCGUUAGACAUGCAGCAGUGUGUUCAUGUCCAGCUGGAUACACGGGCUAUCCGUUUGUACGUUGUGAACGUAUUUCUAUAAGCACUCCCACUCCACCAGUCGUUGAAUGUACAACCGACGACCAGUGCGCGGAUAAUGCAGCUUGUAUCGAUACAAGAUGCUCUCCAGUUUGUGGGCCUUCCAACUGCGGAUUCAACGCCAAAUGCAUCGCGCGACAACAUCGUGCUAGUUGUACGUGUCUGCCCGGAUUCGAGGGCAAUGCUUACACAGGAUGCUAUUCCGUACAAUGUCAUAGUAACAACGAUUGUCCAGACGAUGAAAGUUGUGAAAGUGGUUCUUGCGUAAAGGUUUGCUCGAGAAUGCGAUGUGGAUCUGAGGCUCACUGCGUAGCUCGUGGUCACUCUGCAUCUUGCGAAUGCGACUCCGGCACUCGUGGUAACCCAUAUACGGGAUGUCGUCGCGAUGAAUGCACCCGCGAUGAAGACUGCCCUCAAUGGCUUGCUUGUAUACAUAACACUUGCCAAAAUCCAUGCAUCGGCUCGUGUGCUCCAAGCGCAGUUUGUACUGUAGUCCGACACGCACCAAUUUGUGAAUGCCCACGUGGUACUCGUGGGAAUCCCAGAACAGAUUGUAAACCAGAUAAACAAUUUGACACGGAAUGUACCAGCGAUGCUGAGUGUGGACCAGGCUUCGCAUGUUUACGAGGAAAUUGCAAAAAUCCUUGCGAGCAAACGUCCUGCGGUGUCCGAGCCAUAUGCCGCGUAGCCAAUACCUUACCGUUCAGAACACUCGUGUGUGAAUGUCCGAAACCAUUAACUGGAGACGCUUCGGUACAGUGUAAUCCACAGGGUGAGUGCAGAGAAGAUUCAGAGUGUGGCGACGAAGAGAAAUGUACCAACAGCCGUUGUACAAGCGCUUGUGCGGGCGCGUGCGGAGUGGGCGCCGAGUGUCGCGCGAGUGGCCACCGCGCUUCGUGCACUUGCCUACCACCACUACAAGGAAACCCUAACAUCGCUUGCAAACUAAAUGUAACGAGUGACGUCUGCACGUCGGAAGCUCAAUGCGGUCUCGCUGAAGCCUGCAUAGGUGGACGUUGUACGUCAGCCUGCGCAGGCGCCUGCGGAGCGGGAGCUUUGUGCGAGCCUCGCCUUCAUCGCGCGCACUGCCGCUGUCCACCUGGAACCGCCGGAGACCCAGCUCGCGCCUGUUUUACACCGGAGUGCACCUCGGAUGACAACUGUCCCUUCGACAAGAGUUGUCUUAACGGCUACUGCCAAGACCCCUGCGCCCUGGCACGACCGUGCGGUCGCGAUGCGACCUGUGAAGUUGUGGCUCACGGAGCCACUUGCCGGUGUCCACCAGGCAUGCAGGGCGAUCCCCGACGAGCUUGCAUAUCUGCUGUGUGUCACUACAACGAAGAUUGCGAUGAAAGCCAAGUUUGUGAUCGGCAAAACAGAGUAUGUCAAUCGGCGUGUUCUGAAAGCGCUUGCGCAUCUGGUGCUCUAUGUACGGCUAGGCUUCACAGACCUAUAUGCGCAUGUCCACCCGGACUCACUGGAGACGCAUACGUCCACGGUUGCUCCACCUUACAGAUCACACAGGAGUGUUCAACAGAUUCUGACUGUCCGAGACCUCUGGGCUGUGUCAAUACGAAGUGUGUGGAUUUAUGUUCUAGUCAACCUUGCGACCCAGGUCUGAAUUGUAAAAUAGUAGACAUACUGCCUUUACGCGCUGUAGCAUGCGUGUGUCCUGACGGUGGACGUGUGGCACCAGACAACGGAUGUAGAGCUCCACCGGAAGCAGAAUGCUCAGCCGAUUUAGACUGCCUGAAUAGUCAAAUGUGUCAACGCGGAAACUGCAUAGACGCCUGCAGAGCAGCACCUUGCGGAUAUAAUGCACUAUGUGAAUCGAUCGAUCACGCAUCUCGGUGCUCAUGCCCGACAGGGUAUAUUGGAAACCCUCGAUUUGAGUGUAAUCCAGAGUCAAGACAACCAACUAUUUGGGAAUGUUAUAACGACGACGAAUGUGGAACCGAACAGGCUUGCGUUGAUCGUAAAUGUAUCAAUCCUUGCAUCGAUACUUGCGGUAUUGGCGCUCUUUGCCGAGUAAUAGACCACAAGUCUCAAUGCACUUGCCCCAAGGGCUACACCGGUGAUGCUCUAAAACGAUGCAGCCCACCAUCUCAAGACAAGCAAACACCGAUAGGAUGUAAAGUCAAUUCAGACUGUCCACUAUCACAAGCCUGCAUAAACAGUGUUUGUGCUGAUCCGUGCGCAUGCGGCAGAGACGCAGAGUGUACCGUCAACAGACAUCAUCCAGUUUGUUCUUGUAAAGCAGGUUAUUCAGGAAAUCCGUAUAUAGGCUGUCUUAAGGGUGAAUGCUCAACAGAUUCUGACUGUCCUAACAGCGACACGUGUUAUAACGGAGCCUGUGUUAGUCCUUGCUUGGUGGAAGCGCCAUGUGCUAUAAGCGCUGAAUGUUACGGUAAAGACCAUAGACCUUACUGCCGUUGUCCAUCAGGAACAACUGGGGACCCCUAUACAAAAUGUCGACCAAGUGAGUGCGAAAUCGACGCAGAUUGUAAUGACGACAGCGUAUGUGUUAAGGAAACUUGUCAAAAAGCUUGCUCUGUUGAUGGGCUCAACCCUUGUGCAAUUAAUGCUAUAUGUUUUGCUAGAAACCAUAUUGCCUCCUGCAAAUGUCCUCCAUCUCUACCAAUAGGAGAUCCAUUGACACAUUGUGAAAAACCAGUAGUCAUAGAACAACCAGAAUGUGUAAUGGAUAAUGAUUGUCCAAGUGGUCAAGCUUGUCUACGAAAUGCAUGCCGAGAUGCUUGUUUAGAACUGAAACCAUGCAAAGGUAACGCACGUUGUAGUGUAUCGGACAGUGUUCCUUUCCGAACAAUGAUUUGUCGCUGUCCCGAAGGCUUUAUACCUGAUGAAGACGGUAAUUGCAAAUCAGCUCAACUUCCACCACACAGUUGCUCGUCGGAUCAAGAUUGUUCAGAAAAGGACUCCUGUAUUAACAGAAUUUGUCGCAAUCCUUGUAACUGUGGUGAAAACGCCGAAUGCUUUAUCAGAGACCACAGACCCGUUUGUUCUUGCCGAGAAGGCUUUGAUGGCAAUCCAUAUACCGCAUGCCGCGUUGUUGGUUGUCGCAUAGACUCUGAAUGCAGUUCAAAGGAAGCCUGUAUUAACGGUAACUGUAUAAGCCCUUGUUUGCUGAAUAGUACUUGUGGUUCGAACGCCGAAUGUUACGUCGAAAGGAAUCGUCCACUUUGCCGUUGUCGUCUUGGAUUCGAAGGUGACGCUUACAUAGGUUGCAAUAGUAUCGAAUGCAGAACCAACGGAGACUGUCCACAAGACAAACAGUGUCGGGCACAUAGAUGCAUUAAUCCGUGUCUCGCUAGCAACAUAUGCGGUAAUGAAGCAAACUGUCUAGUAAGAAACCAUAUGGCAGUCUGUAAGUGUAAUUCGGGAUUGAUUGGAAAUCCAUAUAUUGAGUGCAGGCGAGAGAUCACUGCCGAAUGUUACGUUGACGGCGAUUGUCCACAUAAAUUAGCGUGCUUAUCUUCAAAAUGCGUUAAUCCAUGUACAACUUUACACCCGUGCUCUACACCUGCCCAAUGUGAAGUAUCGCCGACAUUACCGGUCCGCACGAUGCUUUGCUCUUGCCCACCGGGAUAUGUUAGUAGUGGAGGGGGACAAUGUCGACCAGCAACACCGAUUUCUGAUAUUGCUUGCGAAAUAGACAAGGAUUGCACAUCAAAUCAUGCGUGUGUGUCAUCGGUAUGCAAAAACCCCUGUGACUGCGGACCGAAUACAGACUGUGAAAUUAAAGACCACAAACCUAUUUGUGCUUGUCGGCCAGGAUACAUAGGCGAUCCUAGAACAGGUUGUUACGAAAUCAAGUGUCAAAGUAACAGUAACUGUGAAGACGACGAAACUUGCAUAAACAACAGAUGUGUUCCAGCAUGCGCUGUCGAACCAGACGUUUGUGGCAAGUUUGCUGAAUGUUACGGUAUUGAACAUCGGGCAUCUUGUAGAUGUCAAAUAGGUACUUCAGGAAAUCCAAUUGCGGCUUGCACUCCAAUAAGUUGCCGCGCUAACUCUGACUGCCCAACUGAUAAAUCUUGUAUUAACGCUAAAUGUAUCGAACCUUGCGUCGCUGAUACUUGCAACGCACCGGCCGAGUGUCGCGUGCACGUCCAUGAAGCGUUCUGCGUUUGCCCACCUGGAUACGUAACCUCAGAAAAUGGUUGUAAUAAAACGAAUACACGUUGUAAUUUCGAUAUUGAUUGCCCGCCAGCCACGGCCUGCUAUGAUGGCAAAUGUGUUAACCCAUGCUUGGACAAUCCUUGCGGUACUAAUGCAGAAUGUAAAGUAAUAGAAACAUUCCCAGUCAAAACGAUGACCUGCGAAUGUUUGCCCGGUUAUAGAGGAAGUCCACUCGUGGAGUGCACACCGUACAAACCACCUAUCACCAAAUGUGUUCAGGGACAAGGAGUAAAUGAAUACGGGGAAUGUAUACCUUGUAUUGAAACUGAAGGUCGUGUCGUAGACGGACGGGGUAGAUGUGUUUGUGAUGCGGACCGAGGAUAUACAGCCCGAGGCGAAGUAUGCAUACCAAUCGGAUGCCGCAGUGACAACGAAUGUGACGACGCCUCCCAAUGUAUCAAUGGAAAAUGUGUACAUGCAUGUGAAGCAAAUCCGUGCGGCGUACAUGCAACCUGUGAUGCCGUAGGACACAAAUCUCGAUGCACAUGCAUAACCGGAUAUGUUGGAAACCCAAGAGUUUACUGCAAUUCCACUCCUCCGACUAACAUGACAUAUCGCACAGACUUCCCAUUGCCGGAUAUGCAGGUUCGCUGUCUAGCAAACGGUGUAAGUGUCAACUUAAAGAUACAAGACUUUAAUGGAGUACUCUAUGUGAAAGGAUAUAGCAAAGAUGAAAAAUGUAGACUAAUUGUCCAUACGUCCGCAAAGGAGGAAAGACCAGUAGACUUUACAGUUUACUUUGGAGAUUGCGGAUUAGUUCAUGUCAAUGGAUUAGCGAGCUUCGUGCUUGUAAUGCAAAAACAUCCUAAGCUAGUGACAUCUAAUGCUAAAGCCUUCCAUAUCAAAUGUAUAUAUCAGACUGGAGAACAGAAUGUGACGCUCGCAUUUAACGUAUCUAUGCUCACUACCGCCGGCACCAUAGCCAACACAGGCCCACCCCCAACAUGCUCAAUGAGAAUAGUUUCAAAAACCGGAGACGAAGUUAAUUCCGCAGAAAUCGGUGAAAACUUGGUCUUGCAAGUUGAUGUUGAGCCAUCAAGUAUUUACGGCGGAUUUGCACGUAGUUGCGUAGCAAAAACUAGUGAAGUAUCGACAAACACAGAAAACGAAUAUACAGUAACAGAUGAAGAUGGAUGCGCCACUGAUGCUGCUAUCUUUGGAGAAUGGGAACGAAGCGAAGACGGAAUGUCUUUAAGGGCGGCUUUCAACGCUUUCAAGUUCCCCAGCAGCGAUAAUAUACGAUUCCAAUGUAACAUACGUGUGUGCUUUGGAAAAUGUCAACCGGUAAAUUGUCGAGGAAUCGAUGCGUUUGGAAAACGCAAGAAGAGAGAAGCGAUCGACACAAGUGGGUCCUUAACAGGACAACUUCGAGAAGAAGUGAUGGUCGAGUCUAAUCAAAUACUGACGCUCGAGCGACGCGAUCCGUCGCGGGCGGCUCGCCAGCGAGACGGCGGCGUCGCGAGUGCAGGCGUCGGCGGCGCCGGCGCCGGGGAUGUGUGCGUGUCAGCGGCGGGCUUGGCCGUGGCGCUAGCGUUGACGGCGCUGCUGGCGCUGGUAGCGGUGGCGGCGGCGGUAGCGUGCUGGCUGGUGGCGUGGAGACGCGCGCGGCCGCCCCCCGCGCCCCUGCCGCACCCGCCUGACUUCCCUAAUCCACUGUUCCAGCGCUAAGCUGGCCCUAGUCCGCGCCCCGCUCCUCCGCCGGCGCCGGGCGGUGUCGGCUAUUUCUUCCCUCUUUGGCUUCUAUCUGUAGCGCCGCCGGAGGACCGACGGGCGAGGGCGCCGCGAGCGCCAUCCCUCACGCACUCGCCGCGCCCUGCUUUAACUUUAAACGUAACUUAACUUGUGUCAUUUUUAAUUAGAUUCGUCGUCUCUUUAUAAGCUUUGUGAUAGAUAAUCGAAUUCACCAUGAACUAUGUAUAAAAUAAUUAUUGACUUUAGUACGUAAGGAAAUAUUAAUAAAAAAAUAAU